AGUUCCCAUCUGGCCCUAAUAGACACCCUGAUGAUGGCGUACACGGUGGAGAUGGUGAGUGUGGAGCGAGUGAUGGCCUGCAUCCACCGCUACUCCUCCCCCCCCAAUGACCUCUCCUCCCACCCUGACGGACACAUCAGGGACCUGCCCUACGACACUGAGGAUGCAGUCACCACCUGGAUCAACAAGGUAGGGUACACACCCGCGCGCCCACACACACACACCAUUAGUAUUGAUGCUAAUGUUGCUAGCGUUCCUAAUAAUGUCCCAGCAUCAGUAAUGUCCUAAAGAGCACACACUCUGGCUCCGUGUUGUUGGCUCCCAGCUGGGCUUGUUUACAUUCCUCCCUGCAGAAGCCCAUGUGCUUUUUCCUCCCUGCUGCAGGACAAGGCCAGACGGAUACACACAUGCAGGCACGCAUGUACACACACACACACACACACACACACGCUUCACACACAGAUUCACGUGCUUACAAAUAUAGUCAUGGAAAAAUGCACACUCAUGCAGACAAAUGAGGAUGGAUGAACACGAACAUUGACAUAAAUACACACGCACACAGAUGUGGGACCUUUUUUUUGUUGAUGUGAUUUUUUUUACUAUACAUUUGUUUUGAUAGGCUUCAGUAGGCUAUAGUUUAGGUGUGAGAUCUAGUGAGAGUAAGAGCACUACAGGUUUUCACUGAAUUGAUGUAAAUCAUGAGGCUCUUUUGAAUUUCAUGCGGCGCAGGAAAAUGUUCUGCGACAACAGAGUGAUCAAAUUAAGAUAGACAUCUCUAUACUCAGGAAAGACAAAGAUACACACAUGAUCAGUCAGACGUGGAUGGACUCUCACACACACAGACACACACACAGCUUGCAGGCAUAGCGUGCAAUUGCCAGUCUCAGGAUAGCUAGCCAAUCUGUAGGAGAGAAGUGUGUGUGUGUGUGUGUGUGUGUGUGUGUGUUCACGUGCGUCCUAAAGCCAAUGUUACAUCACUGGCACUGGAAUUCAUUUUAUUUCCCUCAUUAAGUUUUGUUUAUAUUUGUUGUACACAUACAACUUCACAACAAGGCUUAGAGCUAGAGUGCAUCAUUUAUGAGGUUAUGAGAGGUUGCAAUGUAUUCAUGAGCUGAAUGAUGAAGUCAUAGUACUGUUUUUUUAACUACAUUAUGGUAAAGUUAGUCUUGCCACCCAGAAUGUUUAGUCUGUCACGAGAGACUGUAGUCGGUCUCUUUCUCUCUCACAAACACACACAAAAACAAAACCUCUCUAUUCAGUCCCCCUUAUUGGGAAUGUGACCCUCAAUAAUAUCCCUUCUCUUUCUCCAAUCUCUCUAUCUGUGUCUGUGUCUGUCUCUCUCUCUUUCUCUCACUAGGUGAAUGAGCACCUCAGGGAGAUUCUGGUGGAGGAGCAGAGGUUGAGAGAGAGCUCCUGCUCUGAGAGCACAGCUACUGCAUCACAGAGGGUGAGUACUGACAAGCACACACACACUGACACACACGCUCUGACUUCUCUCCCUCAUUGCCCUCUGUUGACAUGGUCUGAUAUAACAGUCUAGACAGGGUCUCCCAGGCUCAACAGCAAGGGCCCCUCUCCAACCUCUCCGAUUCCACUAGUACGAACUGACCACACAGAAGCACACAAUUGUUUUCUUUCCGUCUCUCUCUCUCGCCACUUUCACUCCUCUCUUUCUUUUUCUCUUUGACACACACAAACACACACACACAUUCUGCACACAUAUGUCCCAUGCUAACAGAAGAACUGAUGAGCUCAGUGUCAUGUCAGCUGUAUAGAGAUAUCGGCUGCUGCACUACUGUUAGAGAGAGAGAGAGCAGCAGAGACACACACACAAACCAGAGCAAGCGAGAGAGAGAACGGGUGGAAAGAGAGCAAAAUAGAGGGAAACAUAGUGAGAGAUGGUGAAAAAAGAGUGGAACAGAUCAAGAGCGGGGGCAUGACAGAGAGAGCAUCAGACAGACAGAGAGAGAAAAGGAGGGCCACAGAGAGAAAGACAGAGUGAGAAAGAGAGAGGGCAACAGAGAGUGAGAGAGAGAGAGAUAAAGAGAGCUUGACAGACUGCACUGCAGGGACAGUAGUUAUGUAAGGCCUAUGUGACAGUCUGAGUCAUCCCUCUGGUCUCUACUGCUGACAGUACAAAGAGACACAAGAGUCCUCAUCUCACCCACAGUGACCUGUGUCAGGUCACGACCCUGUCUGAGAGGUCAAAAAUCAAACCUAAAAUGCUGUUUAGUGGCCAGAUCAAAUCUCCUCAUUGAAAAACAGUCAACUCACUGUGAUAACAAAGAAUAUAAUCACAAAAAGGUGGUAACCCAGCUAGCACGUUUCCUGACUGGUAAAACUGAACGUUUUUAAAAUGUUCUGACAACAGAAGUGAACAUGUUCUGGGAACUUUUAUUUUUAGUUUGCAGGGAGGUUCUGAGAACGUUUUACUCUUGUUCCUUUAAAGUUUUCCUGCAAGGUUUUAUUAACACUCUGGGAAUGUUAAUAACACUUUAGGUUAUUUGGAGUUUUUUUAAUAACUUCCUUAAAACUUUCACUGAAAGUUUCGAUAACACUUUUAAAAACACUGCUAUCUUAUUUUGGGUUAACUUUGUUGAACUCCAAGCACAGAUAGGACACAUGCAAACACAUUUUGCUUUUGUGACACGCAUCAGUGGGAUUUUAUCCAAUUUCUGUUCUGUAUCCAUGGAAUCAGUCCAUGCCAUGUUUUUUUUACACAUACAAAGCUGUUUUAGUCUAUUCAAACAGACCCCAUUUCAAAGGAAACAAGCAUUCAUUAACAUCAGAUGUGGCCAAUUAGUGGGCGCGGUCAACACACCUGAAUACACUUAACAAGAUAGAGGAUAGAACGUUUUGUUGAUGCUGAGAACGGAAUGUAUAUGUUUUUAAAUAACAUUCUUAGAACAUUCUCCGAACGUGACUAAAGUUUUGUUGUGGGUUUUGUGGAAAGUUUUCUUCAUAUUCUGAGAACUAAAUGUAUGUUUUUAAAUAACAUUCUCUGAACUUUAACGUUUUUAUGGAAAAUGUUCUUAACAUUCUCUGAACAAUUUGAGAACAUGACAUUGAAUAAAACCAUGAGAAAACCUGUACAAAAUGUUAUGGUGAAGUACUGAAAUUCCCACAGAAGAAAGUUGUUUCUUAACGUUCUUGGAACAAUUGGAGAACAAUUGGAGAACAACGGGGAGUUUGCUCGCCUCUUUCUGGCUGUUUUUGAUCACCCGCCUGAGGGUCAAGAGGCGGGCGAACGACUGGUUCAUCUGAGGCAGGGGACGAGGACCGCUCAGGACUACGCGCUGGAGUUCCGGACGCUGGCAGCGGGGUCCGGGUGGAACGAGCGGGCCCUGAUCGACCAUUUCCGGUGCCACCUAAGGGAGGACGUCCGACGGGAGCUAGCCUGCCGGGAUGCCAUGCUAUCGUUCUCCCAACUGGUGGACAUGGCCAUCCGGCUGGACAAUCUGCUAGCAGCCAGAGGACGUCCUGGUAGGGGUCUGCCCGUUCCCACUCUGGACGACUCUGACCCCAAGCAGAUGGAGCUGGGGGAAGCCGCCGGUCGAGAGAGCGCAGGAGGACAGCGACAGUGCCACUCUCUAGUGGCACAAAGGGACAAUCCACCUCACGUCGCAGUCAACUUUCUUUUGGGUCUGGAGGCGGUAGGCAGGGUACUCACGCAUCACCCCAGGUAACGAACACCCAAACGUGUUCAGAGCCCUUUGCGGCGCACUGUACUUUAUCUAUCCUUUCCUGAUCACUUGGUAGGUUCCCAGUGUAAGGCGCUAGUCGAUUCAGGCGCAACUGGAAAUUUUAUGGACAGGGCAUUUGCACACCGUCAAGGCAUUUCAUUGGUUCCCCUAACCAUUCCACUCCCCAUCAGAGCAUUUGAUAGUCGACCAUUAGGGUCCGGGUUGGUUAAGGAAGUUAUGGUACCAGUCACCAUGAUUACGCAGGAGACGCAUGUUGAGCAGAUCACCUUUAUGAUUAUUGAGUCUCCUGCUUACCCUGUAGUCUUGGGUAUCCCGUGGUUAGCCCUUCACAACCUAGGUGUCUAGGUGUUUCCGUUGGUGCGACCACGGUGGAAAGUCCAGACGGUACCCCCACCGUGCGUAUUCCCCCCGAAUACCAUGAUCUGGCACUCGCGUUUUCCAAGACGCAAGCGACUAAAUGACCACCUCAUCGGGAGGGGGAUUGUGCGAUAAACCUUCAGGUAGACGCUGUACCUCCCAGGAGUUAUGUGUAUCCCCUGUCGCAGGCUGAAACGGAGGCUAUGGAAACAUACGUCCCAGAGUCCCUGCGCCAGGGGUAUAUACGUCCCUCCACUUCACCUGCCUCCUUGAGUUUCUUCUUUGUGAAGAAGAAAGAUGGCGGUUUACACACGUGCAUUGAUUAUUGACCACUGAAUAAUGUGACAGUACGAUUUAGUUAUCCUCUUCCCCUCAUUCCUUCAGUGAUUGAGUCAAUGCAUGGGGCCCGUUUUUUCACCAAAUUAGACCUCAGGAGUGCCUACAACCUGGUGCGUAUUCGGGAAGGGGAUGGGUGGAAAACAGCAUUCAGCACAACCUCGGGGCAUUAUGAAUACCUGGUGAUGACCUACGGUUUGAUGAAUGCUCCAUCCGUUUUCCAGUCCUUUGUGAACGAGGUGUUUCGGGACAUGCUUGGUCGCGGUGUGGUGGUCUACAUCGAUGACAUCCUGGUGUAUUCCGCUACGCGCGCCGAGCAUUUGUCCCUGGUUCGCAGAGUACUGGUCCGACUGCUGGAAAAUGAUCUUUAUGCCAAGGCAGAGAAGUGUGAGUUUUUCCAGCAGUCAAUCUCCUUCCUCGGAUAUCGCAUUACCACCACAGGUGUGGAGAUGGAGGUAGACCGCAUUGCAGCCGUGCGUAAUUGGCCGACUCCAACCACGGUAAAGGAGGUACAGCGCUUCCUUGGCUUUGCCAACUACUAUCAAAGGUUUAUUCAGGGUUUUGGCAAGGUCGCAGUUCCCGUUACCUCCCUGUUGAAGGGUGAAUCCUCGCCAGGCCAGGUGGGCACUCUUCUUCACCCGGUUUGAUUUCACACUCUCAUACAUUCCGGGUACGAAGAACGUGAAGGCAGACGCACUGUCUCGGCUGUAUGACACAGAGGAGAGGCCCAGAGACAACACCCCCAUACUUCCGGCCUCAUGCAUUGUGGCGCCAGUAGUAUGUGCGAUGGACGCAGAUAUAGCGCAGGCAUUACACACAGAUCCAUCUCCACCGCAGUGACCAGCUGGGCUGCAGUACGUGCCUGCGCUUAUCCGUGAUCGUCUGAUCUACUGUGCACACACGUCACCCUCCUCUGGUCAUCCAGGUAUCGGUCGUACAAUGCGCUGCCUGACCGAGAAGUACUGGUGGCCUACCUUGGCAAAGGACGUGAGGGUGUAUGUUUCCUCAUGCUCAGUGUGCGCCCAGAGUAAGGCACCUAGGCACCUCCCAGCGGGUAAGCUACAACCUUUACCAGUUCCACAACGACCAUGGUCUCACCUAAGUAUUGAUUUUCUCACUGAUCUUCCCCCCUCCCAAGGUAACUCCACUAUCCUGGUUGUUGUGGACCGCUUUUUAAAGUCCUGCCGCCUCCUUCCUCUGCCCGGUCUCCCCAUGGCCCUACAAACUGCGGAGGCUCUGUUUACUCACGUCUUCCGGCACUACAGGGUAACAGAGGAUAUAGUGUCCGACCAAGGUCCCCAGUUCACGUCUAGAGUCUGGAAGGUGUUCAUGGAACGUCUGGGGGUCUCGGUCAGCGUGACCUCUGGUUUUCACCCCGAGAGCAAUGGGCAGGUGGAAAGGGUGAAUCAAGAUGUGGGUAGGUUUCUGCGGUCCUACUGUCAGGACCGGCCGGGGGAGUGGUCGGUGUUCCUGCCAUGGGCAGAAUAUGCUCAGAACUCUCUCCGCCACUCCUCCACUAACCUAACACCCUUCCAAUGUGUUUUGGGUUACCAACCGGUCCUGGCACCGUGGCACCAGAGCCAGACCGAGGCUCCCGCGGUGGAUGACUGGUUUCGGUGCGCGGAGGAGACUUCCGCCAAGGCUGCCCCCCCUCCUGGUUCGGACAGGCUUCGGCAUUCGUCGUCACCGGAGUACUAGCUACUGCCGAUCCCAUUCUCAUCACUCCACUUGUUAUGUCUUGUCAAUCACACACACCUGGUGCUCAUUCCCCUAAUUAGUAUGUGUAUAAGUGUUCCCUCUGUUCCCCUUGUCUUUGUGAAUGAUUGUUUGUUGUGAGAGCGUGUAGCUCGGUUGAGCUACGUUUCACUGUGUUAUUGCCAAGGUGGAUGUUUUCCCUUGUAUAGUUUCGUUUGAGGCUUGGGGCGUUUGAUUUAUGUAAACGGUUAAACUCUGGACUUCGGUAUUUUACCUCCUGCGCCUGACUCCUUCUUUCAUAUCUCGUCACACCUGUAUCUCUCACAGAACUAGAAUGAGAUUCACUUUCUAUGAUCUCUCUCCUUUUCCCUGCAACUCUCAUCGCUCCAGCAUUGCACUUGAUCAUUUAUUUCCUUAUAGAAUCAUAGCAGCGCGAAGGGUUCUGGAGGAGCUUCAGCACCUCUGAUAAAUUGAAAUACAUUUGCUAAAGCUAUAGAAUUACUGCUGUCUGUUCAGAAAUAAAUUAAAUAAUUCCCAAUAGCCUACUACACCAUGAGAAGGCCUAUAAUUUAGCUGUGGAUUGUGUGUAGCCCAAUAACAAGUUAUAGUGAACAGCAUGCAGACUAAACAGGCCUUUCCCAAUAUUUCAAAUACAAUUGCGGGAAACCACAGGUUGGAAAGCAAAUGGCUCCUGUUGAAAAGAGAAAAUCUGUCUGCUGUAGGCUACCAAAAUAUUUGAUCAACUUCCAAAUAUUGUUUUACAAAGUAAAACAAGAGUAAGAUAGGCCUUUAGCCUCCACAAGACAAGGUCGUUUUUUUUACAAAGUCACCUGUCAUUUCGAUCAUUUUUGCGGUAUUAAAGAUUCUGCCAAAGUCUCCAGUCAUGUAAAAUGAAGCAGAAUUGCAUGAAAUGCGUUUAAAAAAAAGCCACAUUUUCCCCUGACCCUAGGCUAUUAAAAAUGGUCCCCCUGUGUGCAACUUUUGUAAUUGCCUCUUACUGGUCUAUGCCACUAUGCAAAUGUGAUUAAAUGCAUGCAAUGCUUUAUUAUAAAGGUGAUUUUUAUUUUAUGCGUUCCGGUACCUCAGAGCUCCCCAGGUCACACCCUCUGGCGCUCACUUUUUGUUCUGGCACCUCCCGAUUUACAAAUUAAGCACUGCCCUAAACAAGCUCAAAGAAACAUAUGGUUCUCAGAACUUUGUGUUACCUGGGAACUUCCCUGUAAAAGAUAUUUGACUUACCUGGUUAAAUAAAGGGUAAACAAACAAUAAGUUUCCUUUGACUGUAUCCUUUGGCAAAUGUUGUAAGCAUCUUGUGAUCAGAGCUUAACUCUGUUAGCUGGGGAACUAUUGAGAAGCCACACAAUUACAUCAGGAACUAAAUCACAUCAGAAGACCUUUUAUCCUUCAUCACAAAGUUACUACUCUGCCUACUCUAACUGUCCUCUCUAUGUCUAUGAUCUAAUUAAGCAAUAAGGCCCGAGGGGGUGUGGUAUAUGGCCAAUAUACCACGGCUAGGGGCUGUUCUAAUGCACGACGCAACGCGGAGCCCUUAGCCGUGAUAUAUUGGCUAUAUACCACAAACCCCCGAGGUGCCUUAUUGCUAUUAUAAACUGGUAACCAACGUAAUCAGAAGAGUAAAAAAAAGAUGUUGUGUCAUACCCAUGGUAUACAGUCUGUUAUACCACAGCUUUCAGCCAAUCAGCAUAGAAUAAGAGCGAGAUUUUAUCACACGCACGCACACACACACCGAUCCCUUCCUUCCCACACAUACUAGCCUUUUCAAAGUAAGAAAACAAGGAGUUCCUGCUGGGAAUAAAGGGAGGCCUUGACGUGCUUGUUAGCCUCAGCCAGAGACGAGCUGUACGCUCCGAAUUAGCUGCUGUAGCACAUGCUCUGUCAGAACCAACUCUCUCUAUCACUGCCUUUAUCAGGGUCAACACAGACAGGGUUGUCUAGUCACUGGAUAGGCCACACUGUAAAGAGGUCAACAUCCCCCUACAUAGAGGACUACUUUUGACCUGAGCCCUAUGAGCCCUGGUCAAAAGUAGUGCAAUAAAUAGGGAAUAGGGUGCCAUUUGGGACGCAGUGUCACUGCUUGAAUACAAACAAUCCCUUUCUCAGAGGAAAGCCUCAGACCGUCUCGAUUUAAGGGUUGUGUGUAUGACUGUGAAGAGUCUUUGAACUUGAUCUGAUGACAGAGUGUGUGUUGUGAUGCGAUUGGUGGGGGGGGGGGGGGAGAGUCCCUGUGGCCACUGUGUGAAAUUAAUUGAUACAUGAACCAAUGAUUUUUUUUAAACAACAUCAAAAAUACAUACAAAAUGUCCCACAGGAUGAUGUGUGUGGAUACAGUAGUCCUGAGCCUUCCUAGGCCUAAUGAUUCUCCCCUCUCUUCCUCUUGUUGUCAUCAUGUCCAUUGUUAUCUCAAGGCUCCAGACAAAUGGUAUUGGAGACUGGUACCUGUAAGUCAAUCUAUCAGCCUCUCCCUCUCCCUCUCCCCCAGAUCCCCCCCUCCCUUUCCCCCAAACUCCCUAAUCCCUUUCUCCUGGCCCCUUACCCCUACCCUAUCCCACCUGCAGCCCUUCUCCCCCAGAUCCCCCCCUCCCUUUCUCCUGGCCCCUUACCCCUACCCUAUCCCACCUGCAGCCCUGUCUCCCCUACCCUCCAAUUAUGUUCCGCCCUAUUCCUUCCCUCUUACCUCCCAUGUUGUUUGUUAGAUCUACUGUAUAACAUCUGGAUAUAGAUGCUCAUACUGCACCUCAAUGCUAGUACAGCACAACAAUAGUAAGCAACCCACUAUAUCACACAAAACGCAACACAACGCCCAAAGCGCUCCUCUCUUCUUGAAAAUCAAGCAAUAAGAGCUGGUGUGAUUUUUCCACUCUUUCCUCUAGUAAAGUAAUGGAUGCCCGGCCUGUUCCUUUGUAUUAAUGGUCAGACUGGGAGCAGAGAGGGGAACCAGUUGAUGUACUGGUGCGGUACCAGUGUGUUUUAUAGGCUCUGAGAGAGACAAAUCUUCAAAUAUAACAUAUUCCCUCUGUCAGAACAGCUUAUUAAACUGUAAAUCAUCACCCUGCCCUUAUCCUUACCUUACCAUGGAUCAGAUCAGCGAACUUAAUCUUACCUCCAUCCAGUCAACACUGCAGGACACCAUAGUACAGGAGAUUUAUACCUGUUGGAUACUGUAGUACAGUAGAUUGAUCUGGUCGUAACGAUUCAUGUAGGAACAUGAGACUAGUAUAAAUCAAUAGAUGAAAUAGGGACAUUCAGAUUCAGUCACACCUAAGUGUAAUUACAGUACACUAACUCAUCCAAGUUUAGACCCAGUGGAAGUGUAGCCUUGGUGCCUGACUGUUUUUGCAUUCAACAACGAUACAGGAUCUUUGCCGUAGAGGACAAUGUCAAGUAGCCUACAAAGAUGGCAUUGGUUGAUCCGUCAGUCUCCACAGUCUGUUUUCUUUGCAUGCAGCGACACCCUACUACCUGUUUAAUUGAGUCUGAACCCUCCAAUGCUUGAAUAACCCCAGACUAAACUACUGUAGGGUGUGUGUGUGUGUGUGUGUGUGUGCGCAUCUGUGCGUGACAAAGACCGCUUGUGUACAUUUGUGUGUGAGGAGCCUAUAUAUACAUCCCCAUACGUCCCUCUCCGUGCUCUGAUUCCAUAGGUUAACUGUAUAUCACUGACCUGUCAUCGCUCUCUGUUGUUGCCAUGGCUGCAGGCCCGCUACAGGAGGGAGCAUGCUAAGCAGAGGUCAGCUCCGUCACUCCCCCCGGUGGACAAUCUGCUGAAGGACAACACAGACGGCUGUGCCCUGGCCGCACUCGUCCACUUCUACUGCCCAACGUCUGUCAGACUGGAAGGUACAAGAGGGCUAUCAUAUCACUUCAUACCUGUAGCCUUCUCUGGUUGGCCUACUUUAUACUAAUAGGUUACAGUAACAGCAUCAGUUAUAGCUCACACUCACUCAGAACGGUAAGUGCAUUAGGCUGCCGUUACGCAAGUGAUUGACCAGAUGAGCAUAAGGCCAGAAUUCUGAAUUGAAUUAGAAAAAAAGGGGCAUUCAUUCACAGCAAACUAUAUAUUUUCUAGAAACAUGAUAGCUACAAGGUUACAUUAUGCAUACAACAGCUGUUGAAGUAUUACAGAGGGACUCUUUGGGCACAGAAUCAUCUUAGGGCUCAAGAAAUAAUUGUAAAUUGAAAAAGUUACCAGUAGCAUCAAUAGCUAUAUUGUUUUACCCCUUAUCACCAUAACCGCAGUCUAACAGACUAGCUUAGACUAGCUCCAACACAGAAUAGUUAACACACACACAGACACACAGAGAAUAGCUUAUCCACUAUCCUGCCCAGUAGAUAUGAUACGGAAGAAUCCUGUUGGAAAGAAGAUUAGCCCCUAGUGAUGAAGUCAAUGUUUACAAUUUCGUCAAUACCGUCAAAGGGUCCAUAAGGUUCAGAUUUAUUCAAUGACACAUGUUAUUCAAUGGUAACGGUGUCAAUAGAGGACGCCAAGGGUUGUGGGUUUUGAAUCCUGCUGGGGCCACCCAUAUGUAAAGAUAUACGUAUGGGGUAGCCCCAGCUUUGGAUAAAAGUGUCUGCUAAAUGGUAUAUAUUAUUAUUAAAUCAUUAAACCUGAGUGAUUUACAUAACAUGAGAGAGAGAAGGAGUCCGUUGAGACAGUAGCCAGUGAGCCAGCCUCCACCCACUGUUCUAAAAAUGCCCCAGGGCCAGGCUAAGAUGUGAUUGGUCAGUAGUAGGACAGCAGCACAGUCCUUUAGACAGAGGAGAACCGUUGACUGUUAUUUGAAAGAUAAACAUUACCACUCCCCUUCUGUGAGUGCCCAGUCAUAUGUAGAUGUCUGUGUGCUAGAAUGAGAUACUGUAAAGAAGGAUUGGGUAGUGAGUGAAUAUUCUAUAACACAACCAUUUUUAACAGUACAUGUGACCCAGCUGUAACAAUCGUUUCAUUCAGUUCCAUUUCAAUUAAAGUUCCAUUUGGCUCCCAGUGUGGAAAUACUGUACUUCCUGAAGAAUCUGGUAGACUGAUGACAUCACUGUCCAAUCCUUCUUCAGAUUGUUCUAGUCUGCGUGGGCUAUCCCCAUCAUGACAUCACCAUCUCUGUUCCUCUGUGUUCUCGCCCCUGCCUUCAAACCCUGCCUCCUCUGACCAUUAUUCUGGCCAAACACUACAAAUAAUACUAAGUACUAUAUAAAAGGAACAUUUAUAAUAAAAUAACAAUCAUAAAAAAUUAACAAAUAAAUCUGACCAGUGCACUUUCAAUAGAUACUGCGUAAAGAACAGUAAAGCCAUUGAUGCACUGCUGAAGUUUUUCAAAUCUAUGCGAAUCCAACCUCUGAAGAUAAAAACACUAACCCCGCCCCUAUGCUCUCUCCUCUCCCCGCCCCUCCAGAUAUCUGUCUGAAGGAGACCCUGUCGCUGGCUGACAGUCUGUACAACCUGCAGCUGGUGCAGGAGUUCUGCAGGGACAGCCUCAACCACUGCUGCCACUUCUCCCUGGAGGACAUGCUCUAUGCCCACUCUUCCAUCAAGGUAGGACCAUGGGGAACAGAAGGGGGGCUGGGGGGGGGACAGGGUAGGGGGCUGGGGGGACAGGAAGGGAUGGAGGUUGUGUGGGACAGGGGAAAAGGUCUGGGGGGGACAUGGAGGUUGUGUGGGACAGGGGAAGAGGUCUGGGGGGACAGGACAGAGGGUUGGGGGUGCAGAGGGGUGGCUGGGGGGACAUGGGAGGGGCCAAGACUGGGUUAGUUGGGUAGGGAGGGAAAUCGGGUGUUGACAUUGGAGGUAGAGUAUAUAUAUUCACUUAGUGUACAAAACAUUAAGAACACCUUCCUAAUAUUGAGUUGUACCCCCUAUCAUUUUGCCCUCAGAACAGCCUCAAUUCGUCGGGCAUGGACUCUACAAGGUGUUUUAAGCGUUCCACAGCGUUCAAAACUAAAUAGCUAUUUUACCGGAGCUACAUUUUCUUUUUUCUGGUGCAGAUUCGCGGGACGCUUUUAAAGGGGUACACACAAAUUAGUAAAAACCUAUUUAAUCUAAUAGAAAAUAGAUGGUUUGCAGUAUGGACCAGAUGAGAUGGCGGUCAUUAUCACUAAAUAAAUUUAUAGGAAAUUGUCAAUGUGCCGCAGAAUGUUAUAUCCCAUCAAGGUGUGCGAUGGUUCAAAAAAGGUUGGGAACCACUGUAUUAGUGUACUGUACUCUGUGUGGGUGGAGGAGAUUUGGGUGUGCGUGUUUGUGUAGGAGGGGUCAAUUUUGCCACACUGACUGUUCCUUACAGACAGUUCUGUCUUCCUUUGAUAGAAAAUGGCAAAACAACAGAACAAGAGAGGCAGGGAGAGGCAGGCACAGAGAAAGUAGAAUGACACUUCUCUCUAAGCAGCCUCUGUUUGUCUGAGGGGGAGUCUUUGGCCCACUUUGGCCCUUCUGUUCUGGAAUAGCCCCACACACACACACACAUACACACACACACAGUGACUCAUACUCUCAUUUGACAUGGCAGAACUGUUGAUUCUUUAUGUGCUACAAAGACUACUGAAUGUGUUCUGAUUUACUGAUCAUACAUACAGAAUUGAUCACUUAACUGAGAUGUUUUCAAUGUGAGGCAGGACAGAGGGAAACUGAUAGAAAACCAUGUAAUGUAACCAUGUAACCUGGUUAUAGACCCCCAGAAUGCAUAACAUGUAGUAUAGGACAGUGGAGGCUGCUGAGGGGAGGACAGCUGGAAUGGUAUCAAACACGCGGUUUCCAUGUGGUUGAUACCAUUCCAUUGACUCCAUUCCAGACAUUAUUAAGAGCCGUCCUCCCCUCAGCAGCCUCCACUGGUAUAGGAACAUUAGUCAGAAACAGUUAGGAUUCUGGUCCUGCCCCUGACCGUUGGCACACUGUGUCUUUUCCAUAGACUGCUUGUUGCUUGCGCACACACACACACACACACACCAUGCACUGCUGGGUGUGUAUAGAGUGGACACAGUGCUACAAGUGAGUGUCUCAGGCAGGGGCAGAGAGUGAGAGAACGGGUCCUGAAGAGCAGCCAACAUCUGGCAUAGAGCCAACUCCCAACUGGCCAAACCUCCAGAACCCCUAACCAACCAGCCAAAGUGUGUGUGUGUGUGUGUGUGUGUGUGUGAAAAGGGACACUGUUCACACCCGUUAUUUGUGGAGGAGUGUGUUCUAGACUCAAAACUGGAUUUGAUGUCCAAGAGCUCUAACAAUACAAAGAGAAUAUCCAAGCAACCAUGUUUUGGAAUCUAAAGUCCAGUCUUAGUUUUGUGGUCAAUGGAGAUGCUCUUUUCCGUAGAGAGAGAGGCUCAGUCAAAAUAUGUGGUUUAAAAGGCUCUCAACAAGUGAAUGACUCUUCUAUGGAGGUAUCCAGAGUCUGUUUCUACCAUUAAAUCAGUAAAAGCAUAAAACCAUAUUUGGGUUACACCCUAUGUGGUGUGUAUGGCACACUAAACUAUACCAGAUGGUAUUUCGUCACUUCUCCCACUAUACACUAGAAGUUGAGGUAACAUAGCAAUAUGAGGCUGCCAAUUACACAUGCACACACACACACACACACACACACACACACACACACACACAUACACAUACACACACACACACAUACACACAAUCAGUUACAGUGAGGGAAAAAAGUAUUUGAUCCCCUGCUGAUUUUGUACGUUUGCCCACUGACAAAGACAUGAUCAGUCUAUACAUUUAAUGGUAGGUUUAUUUGAACAGUGAGAGACAGAAUAACAACAAAGAAAUCCAGAAAAAGACAUCAAAAAUGUUAUAAAUUGAUUUGCAUUUUAAUGAGGGAAAUAAGUAUUUGACCCCUCUGCAAAACAUGACUUAGUACUUGGUGGCAAAACCCUUGUUGGCAAUCACAGAGGUCAGAUGUUUCUUGUAGUUGGCCACCAGGUUUGCACACUUCUCAGGAGGGAUUUUGUCCCACUCCUCUUUGCAGAUCUUCUCCAAAUCAUUAAGGUUUUGAGCCUGACGUUUGGCAACUCGAACCUUCAGCUCCCUCCACGGAUUUUCUAUGGGAUUAAGGUCUGGAGACUGGCUAGGCCACUCCAGGACCUUAAUGUGCUUCUUCUUGAGCCACUCCUUUGUUGCCUUGGCCGUGUGUUAUGGGUCAUUGUCAUGCUGGAAUACCCAUCCACAACCCAUUUUCAAUGCCCUGGCUGAGGGAAGGAGGUUCUCACCCAAGAUUUGAUGGUACAUGGUCCCGUCCAUCGUCCCUUUGAUGCGGUGAAGUUGUCCUGUCCUCUUAGCAGAAAAACACCCCCAAAGCAUAAUGUUUCCACCUCCAUGUUUGACAGUGGGGAUGGUGUUCUUGGGGUCAUAGGCAGGAUUCCUCCUCCUCCAAACACGGCGAGUUGAGUUGAUGCCAAAGAGCUCGAUUUUGGUCUCAUCUGACCACAACACUUUCACCCAGUUCUCCUCUGAAUCAUUCAGAUGUUCAUUGGCAAACUUCAGAUGGCCCUGUAUAUGUGCUUUCUUGAGCAGGGGGACCUUGCGGGCGCUGCAGGAUUUCAGUCCUUCACGGCGUAGUGUGUUACCAAUUGUUUUCUUGGUGACUAUGGUCCCAGCUGCCUUGAUCAUUGACAAGAUCAUCCAGUGUAGUUCUGGGCUGAUUCCUCACCGUUCUCAUGAUCAUUGCAACUCCACGAGGUGAGAUCUUGCAUGGAGCCCCAGGCUGAGGGAGAUUGACAGUUAUUUUGUGUUUCUUCCAUUUGCGAAUAAUCGCACCAACUGUUGUCACCUUCUCACCAAGCUGCUUGGAGAUGGUCUUGUAGCCCAUUCCAGCCUUGUGUAGGUAUACAAUCUUGUCCCUGACAUCCUUGGAGAGCUCUUUGGUCUUGGCCAUGGUGGAGAGUUUGGAAUCUGAUUGAUUGAUUGCUUCUGUGGACAGGUGUCUUUUAUACAGGUAACAAACUGAGAUUAGGAGCACUCCCUUUAAGAGUGUGCUCCUAAUCUCAGCUCGUUACCUGUAUAAAAGACACCUGGGCGCCAGAAAUCUUUCUGAUUGAGAGGGGGUCAAAUACUUAUUUCCCUCAUUAAAAUGCAAAUCAAUUUAUAACAUUUUUGACAUGCGUUUUUCUGGAUUUUUUUGUUGUUAUUCUCUCUCACUGUUCAAAUAAACCUACCAUUAAAAUUAUAGACUGAUCAUUUCUUUGUCAGUGGGCAAACGUACAAAAUCAGCAGGGGAUCAAAUACUUUUUUCCCUCACUGUACCUAGCAACAAAGGCAUCUCAGAGGCAGCUGUACCUGCUAUCCCUGACCUCAGUCACUGUACCUUCAGAAAGUAUUCAUACCCCUUGACUUAUUUCACAUUUUGUUGUGUUACAGCCUGAAUUCAAAAUUGAUGAAAUAUGAGUGGUUUCCUUCCUCUCCGGCAACUGUGUUAGGAAGGACGCCUGUAACUUUGUAGUUACUGGGUGUAUUGAUACAUCAUCCAAAGUGUAGUUAAUAACUUCACCAUGCUCAAAGGAAUAUUCUGUCUGAUUUUUUUAUUUUUACCCGUCUACCAAUAGGUGCCCUUCUUGGCGAUGCAUUGGAAAACCUCCCUGGUCUUUGUGGUUGAAUCUGUGUUAGAAAUUCACUGCUCGACUGAAGGACCUUACAGAUAAUUGUAUGUGUGGGGUACAGAGAUGAGGUAGUCAUUCAAAAAUCAUGUUAAACACUAUUAUUGCACACAGAGUGAGUCCAUGCAACUUAUUAUAUGACUUGUUAAGCAAAUUUGUACUCAUUAACUUAUUUAGGCUUGCCAUAACAAAGGGGUCGAAUACUGUUGACUCAAGACAUUUCAGCUUUUCAUUUCUUAUUAAUUUGCAAACAUUUCUAAAAACAUAAUUCCACUUUGACAUUAUGGGGUAUUGUGUGUAGGCCAGUGACACAACAUCUCAAUUUAAUCCAUUUAAAAUUCAGGCUGUAAUACAACAAAAUGUGGGAAAAGUCAAGGGGUGUGAAUACUUUCUGUAUUUUGCCUCCUAUGUGACUUGUCUUAACAGAGGCACCAUGUGGACAAAUGCAGGUAUUUGGUUGUAUUACAUUUUCUUUGCCCGUAUCUAACUUGUGUGUGUUUUGCCCUGUUGCAGAAUAACUACCUGGUGUUUAUGGCAGAGCUGUUCUGGUGGUUUGAAGUGGUGAAGCCUUCGUUUGUACAGCCCAGAGUCUUUGACCCACAAGGUAAGGAUAUUGGUGUGGGAAAGCCAAAAAGGAUGACGCUGAAGAUUAUGAUGAUGAUGAUGAAAAGAUAAUGAAGAUAAUCAACUGCAUUGACAUAUCACAGUAUAUUUCAGUUUUCACCAGAAUUCAGGUCACGUCAAAUACCUUUAUUGACUUGAGUAUCCUGACUGAUUGCUGUUUGUUUGUCAGCAGUCUGUGAUCUAGCCCCGUCAGCAAGGACUAUGGCUCCUAUCUGUAGCCCAGCCAAACAGGACUUUGGGGACAGCCCAGAACACAAAAGGUAUGAUUUUAAUAUUGAGUGGACAAAUGUAAUAACCUGUAGUUAUUUAAUUUUCCCUUAUUGAACAAGCUUGUGAUAGGUUGAGCGUAGUUCAACUUGGCAGUGACAGGAGGUAUGCAUUUGAACUUUAUCGUAAUACUUUCUCUCUCUCUCUCUCUCUCUCUCUCUCUCUCUCUCUCUCUCUCUCUCUCUCUCUCUCUCUCGCUCUCUCUCAGGCUUCAACCAGACUCUGCUUCAGGUAAGAACACAGGAACUACCCCUUCCCUCAGAAUCACAAACAUUGUCUGAAGACUCUGAACUACUACUGGUUCUCUUUGAUUUAGUCUCUUUUUUCGGUGUUUCGGGCAGGUGUGAUAAAGAGGUCAGCAUCCAUGUCCUAUGUGGAUGGCUGUGUGGGGACAUGGCCUAAGGAGAGACGGUCUAGGGGCAUCUCCUUUGAGAUUCCUUUGGACGGGGAUCCUAGCGUCCCUCCCUGUGGGGGUCCCUCCCUCCGGGGCAUUACCCGCUCUGCCAGCACCGAGGGCCUGGGUGGGUUCAAAGUUCAUCACGCACACCAGGGGGACAUGAGGCGCCACCUCUCCUUUCAGCCGGUCAGCGUCAACGGCCAGAGCAGCACCGCCGGACACAUACCUGAGGAGGACUACAACAGGGACUCACCAGACUCCCACAAAGCACUGGGGCGCGGGCAGACUCAGCCACACAAGAACCGGAACAGGUACUUAUGAUGGCUCUGAUGGUAGGACAUCCGAGUUAUUGAUGGUAGGACACAUAUACUGAAUCUAAAUAUGUUUCUAACUGUUAGUUUCUAUGGAUUAAAAUGUUUAAUAAAUUAUCAUACCGGUCUGUCAAUCUAGAUAUUCCAAUGGCGUUCUCCAAGAGAACGGCAAUGGCGGCAGCGGCCCCGUCAGCCCGUCGACCCCUCCUAGCAUCGAGGAGGCUCUGAAGAUCAUCCACGACACAGAGAGGCCCCACGGCAGUCUGCGGCCCGGGGCCAACGGCUUCUUCCUCCACGAUGGAGUUGAACCUUCAGACCCAGGGGACGACCCUGAUGACUACCCAGGAUCGGCUAAGGCCCGGGCAGACGAGGCCGACCCCUACUCAGCCUCUACGGAGGAAGUUGACACGGGGAUCCACGUGAGGACGGAGGACAUCCAGGAGAGUUUGGACGAGGACAACUCUUCUAUCAGGGACUACUCUGAUAUGGACCCUGACUAUGAGGCUAUGACCCGAUCCUGUCCCUUACCAGAGGGGAAUGGAGAAAGGGGCGAGAGGAGCAGCCCAUACCCCAGCUCGGUGUCUCCAGCCCCUCUGUCUCACGCUCCCAGCCCUGCCUCGUCCUCGGGUGGCUCUGGCGGCGGAGUGGUUCGCAUGACCAGCUUCGCCGAGCAGAAGUUCCGUAAGCUGGAGGGGCGGAGCAGCGGAGGGACCACCCCCGAGAGUGCUGAGCUCAACGUUCCCAACACGCCCCCCUUACGAACUGCCACGCUCGAGGUCAGUAGAGAAAACUCUACCUCUCUUUCUCUCUCUGUUACUAUGUUGCUGUCUUGGACUCUCGCUCUCUCUCUCCAUUGAUCUAUUACUCUGUCACUCUUUUUCUCUCUCAACUCCCUUUUCCUACUCCGUAUUUCUCUUUUGCUUUUCUCUUACCCCUCUCGUACCUCUCACCCUCUCAACUUCUCUCUCUCUCUCCUUCUCAGAUCUCCAGCCCCACCCACCCAGGCCAGACCCCGGCCAUGCCCUCUCCCAGAGACCACACCCACCUGUUGUCGUCAGAUAUGGUGCACCUGAAGAUGAAGCUGGAGGAGAAACGCAGAGCCAUCGAGGCCCAGAAGAAGAAGGUAUAGGCUUAUAACGCUUCAUAGAGCUUCUUGUCUUUUGCUGCGUCUGAAAUGGCAUCCUAUUCCCUAGGGAUUCCUGUUCUCUAUUUCCAUAGGGCUCUGGUCAGAAGUAGUGCACUGUGUAGGGAAUUGGGUGCCAUAUCAGACGCACCCUCAAUGUACAAUCCAAAAUGUAGGAAAAAUAACAAAACUCUGGUCCUCAAGCACUACUACAGGUUUUCUAAAAGAGCAGUCCAAUCAAAUGAUGCGAGUUCACUUCAUCUUGUUGGAUAAUUUGGUAUGUUCAUUGGUUAUCAAAAAAAAUUGCUGAAAUAAUAAGACAUUUUUCCUCUGUUUCAGGUUGAGGCAGCGUUCACCCGUCAUCGUCAGAAGAUGGGUCAGACAGCCUUCCUCAACGUGGUGCGAAGGAAAGGGGUCACCCCCUCCCCCUCCCCCACCAGCCCCAUCCCUGGGGGCCCAGACCUGGACAAACCCUCCCCAGAUCCCUUCCUCACCCUUUCUGGCAGCCUCAGUCAGGCGGAGAGGUGCAAGCCCGACGGAGCCGCUCCCAAGUCCCCCUGUGAGGAGGGUGCAGGUAGUUCACCACUAUAGCUUCUGAUGAAACCAAUCCUUGUUUUCUACUUUCGUUUUCUACUUUUUGGAGCAAAAAGAAUGGUCCCAGUUCUGUGCUGUGUUGCCAACGUUGGCUUGACAAUUACCAAUUGGCAAGACAGCACAAAAUGAUAGAGGGCCAGGCUAGGGAGCAUGUGUACUGUUUUACGCGUACUGUUUUAUGCAUGUGUAAUACCCACCUUAUAAACUAGAGGUGUCCGCUGUGUCUUGCUGCAGGUGUCGGGGGUGGAGAGGUGGACCUGGGUGAGUACACUCGCUCCAUCGAGAGGCUGAACACGUCCCUGGGGUUCCUGCAGACUGAGAUGCAGCGGCUGGCCCAGCAGCAGGACAGGAUCAUGGCUAUGAGGGAACAGCAACAAGCCUGGGUCAUACCUCCUCCAGCACCCUCACCGCACAGGUAUGGUCAUCGAUAUCACAUAAAUGGUACCCAAGACUGGCAUGAUAAUUGAUAUUGCAGACUAAAAAUAGGUAUGUAUAAUAUCUGAUGAAGUUAAGAUAUUUCAACUAAAACCAUGUAUCAUCAUACUAUUAUCCAUCAUUUAUCGUGAUAAAAGCAGUUAUCACAAUACUAUUAUUGCUUAGUUAGUUAUCUUUGCAAAUGUAAACGCUCUCUACAGGCAGCUCCGGGAGCUCCGCAGCAACAGUGUAACCGGCCGGGGGUCCGUGGGGUCCUUGUCCCCCAUCUUGUCCUCAGCCGGUGGUUCCCCCCGCGCCGCCCACCGUUCCCCCGGCGGCCUCAAGCGCCGACCGGCCUCCUUCCAUGCCAGCACCCCUCACACCCAACGCACCCCACGCCCCACCGAGCUCAAGGUAACCCCCUUUAGACGGAUGCUCAACACCCUACCAUCCGUGGACAGUCUUCCUAGGCUGAGACGCUUCUCACCCAGCCAGACCCAGGUCACCUCCUUUGCCUACCUGGGACAUGAUGAAGGUCCUGGGGCCACAGGGGGAGCAGAGGAGCCCCAAAACCAAACCAAACCACCUGAGACAGAGGUAGCGGUGGCGGGGAUAAGGAGUGCAGGCGCUCAUCCCUCCUCGCCCACUAAAGAGCCAGCCAAGGAGAGAGAGGAGGAGAGGAGAGAUGAAGGGAGAACGGAGAAGUUGGCAGAGGUGCUGUCUCAGCCUGUGAGAGACCUGAUGGAGGUGCCGCCGUCAUUGCUGAAGUCUUUGGAUGGACAGGGUCUAGAAAGUGGAGAGGGGGAGAACAGAGGAGAGCUGUACGGAGAGGACCAGAAAAUGUGCUGUGGGUUCUUCUACAAGGUAAGAAUGGGCUACACUGUAAUUUUCAGAAUUGUGAGAUGACGGUAAAAGUACUGUAUGUAGCAUGUUACGACAAUGUUUUCAUUGAUCCGUUUUUGAUAUCGUAAAAUAUUAAAGUUAAGUGUACAGCAUAAGUACUGUAACAGUACAACAUGAACUAUGCAAUGACUCAUAAACUAUGACUUAAUCUGGGUCAGGGACAGUAAUUGUGUGUACAGUAUCUAGGCCAAAGGGUGAGACAGCUCACAUACUACUGCUAGAGCAGUAGACUUCUGAGCUAUGCUAGGAGAAUGGAGCCGACAGAGCUCCUGUAUGCUGCUACAGAAGGGAUAGCUAACUGCAAAAAACUGCUUUCAACUUCAAAAGACACAAAUGUUAUUAUCCCAGUCAGAAAAUAUCUGGAAAUAAAGCCAACAUUGUACAACAUGCUCUUUUACUGAUUAAAAUGGGUCAUAUACACUGAGUAUACCAAACAUUAGGAACACCUUCCUAAUAUUGAGUUUCACAAGGUGUCGAAAGCGUUCCAUAGGGAAACUGUUGAGCGUGAAAAACCCAGCAGUGUUGCAGUUCUUGACACAAACCGGUGUGCCUGGCACCUACUACCAUACACCGUUCAAAGGCACUUAAAUCUUUUGUCUUGCCCAUUCACCCUCUGAAUGGCACACAUACACAAUCCAUGUCUCAAUUGUCUCAAGGCUUAAAAAUAAUUAUUUAACCUGUCUCCUCCCCUUCAUCUACACUGAUUGAAGUGGAUUUAAUAAGUGACAUCAAUAAGGGAUCAUAGCUUUCACCUGGAUUCACCUGGUCAGUCUAUGUAAUGGUAAGAGCAGGUGUUCUUAAUGUUUUGUACACUCAUCUGCCAUGAUGGAAAUGUAUGCCUGAAUUCCCUCUGACAUGCAUUUGACCAAUCCGAGCUGAGGAUGAGUGUUGAUUUUUGAAGUGAGAGGAUGUGACAAUGCUGUCUGAUCUAAUUUUGUCUGGCGCUAAAAAUAACUUAGGUCCUGCAAACUACCCUUCAUGUUGGCACAAAAUGUUCCAUGACAACAAGAUUACAAUUUCCACUCAAAGGAGAAUUUUGAUGUCAAGGUGGCAGCCAUUCAAAUUCUAAACGUCAAAAACACAGUUUGCCAACCUAUUUAUAUAUCUCCGACUCUGUCUCCACCCCACACCCCUCCAGGAUGAUGGGAAGGGAGAGGAGGACAUGGCACUGAAGAGAGCUGCACUGCUGGAGAAGAGGCUGAGGAGAGAGAAGGAGACGCAGGAGAAGAAACAGCAACAGGAGCUGGAGCAGGAGCAGAAGAAGGAGGAAGCACGGUCAGUGUGGACCUCAAGGGCCCUGUACCUUUUCCACUGUUAUGCUUGGUCUGAAAACUACCAUUAGGGGUUGUUUUCAGAUCCAAGCUACUUCGAUUUCAUUCAGUGAGUGGCGAAUCCUAACUUACACUUCAGAUUUAGUCAUGCAUUGUUGUCAAUGGGUGACUAAGUGAAAAUGUGCCUCUUAGUAACUUCUCUUUAAUUGGGUAAUAAGGAUUGAAGCUUCUCGUCUCUCCUGUCCCUCUUCCAUAGGCUGAAAGCGGAGGAGGAGCAGCAGAAGAGAGAGGACGAAAAGCAGAGGAAAGAUUACAUAAAGAACGAGUACAUGAGGAGGAAACAUUUGAAGCAGGUGGAGGAUAUGGAUGUCAGGCCCCGCCAUGGAAGUCUCAAAAAGAAGCCCCGCCCCAAAUCCAUGCACAGGGAUGUCAUGGAGUCACCCAAGCCCCCCGCCAGAGCCACAGGUAACACACACACUCUUAAACACACACACCCCCACACACACUAUAGAUAGACACAAACGCAUACACACACACUUUACACGUAUAUCAGUGGAGGCUGCUGAGGGGAGGACAGCUCAUAAUAAUGGCUGGAGUGAAUGGAAUGGCAUCAAACACCUGGAAACCAUGUGUUUGAUGUAUUUGAUACCAUUCCACCCAUUCCGCUCCAGACAUUACCGCGAGCCCGUCCUCCCCAAUUAAAGUGCCACCAACCUCCUGUGACAUAUGUGUAUUUAGUACACACAUAUAUUCACACACACACUCAAACAUGUCUUCUGUGUUUACCUUGUCCAGGUACUCGACCGCGUGGGUUCUCAGUCUCCAGCAUGUCCUUGGCCUCCCUCAACCUGGCUGACAACGACAGCAACGCCGGAGAUAAGAGGAUCCCCAGGUGAGGCCAGUAAUUGCCUGAUUACAGUUUUUCUCAAUCGCGUACAAGCAAUUUUGGGGUCUGUGUUGAAAUGUAUCUAUAGCAGAACAGCGAUGAUCAAAUGCUUAAAUACAUUUAAAGAACUUCUGAAAAAAAUGUGCCUUUGUACCUGACUUGCAUAUCUUAGACCACCUUUUGCAAAACGUAUCAAAUAUCAAAUUCACUGUUAAGUGUUUUGUUCACAGAAUAUUAACACAUUGUUUUCAUACUACUGCACAACAUUUUAAAUCAUCCCAUCAGUGUCAUACAUGUACAAUAUAGGGAAAGAUCUAGGCAAUGGGAACUGUCAAAUGUUUCGGACAGGCAGAGAAUAGUUGGGUUACUGCUAAGUCAUCAUCUCCAACAUUGUGACCUACAUUUAAGAGCUUUGGUGUGGUUGGAGACCUAUAUAUUCAUAUUUACAUUUGAGUCAUUUAUAUUAGUGAGUGCAUACAUUUUCGUACAGGUCCCCCAUGGGAAUCAAACCCACAACCCUGGCACUGCGAGCGCCAUGCUCUACCAACUGAGCCACACGGGACCAGUUGUGUUCCUCCAUUAUAUUCACCUUUCCUUAUUUAUAUUGUGGAUUGUGUUUGUGCACCAAUGGAAAGUCUACAAAACUAUGAGCAAACCAGCCUAUGUAUUGAAUACAUGGAUAUGGAUUGUGAUGAUACCGAUGAAUGAAUCCUGCACAAUUAUUUUUUAUGCUUUAUAUAUGUAAUUUGAUGUGUAUGAAAUUGUUUGGUGAAAUAGGCACAAAAGGACAGUAAUUGCCCAAAAUUCUGCACCUUUGGAUAGUUGUACUUCCAAUUUUGAUCAUCAUGAUACAGUGACUGCAAAGAAAAUCCCACUGGGCACAGACGUCAGUUCAACGUCUAGUUUUGAUUUACAUUUGAUUGAGUUGUCAACUAACGUGAAUUCAACAAAAAAUGUCACAAUGUCAUUGAAUUUAGGUGAAAAGGACAAAAUUCCCUUCCUUUGAUUACUUUUUGCAAAUCCAAUCAGUUUUCCACGUUGAUUCAACGUCAUUACAUCUAAUGUUUUUGUUGAAAUUACGUGGAACCAAUGUUGAUUCAGCCUGUUUUUGCCCAGUGGUGUAUUGAUCUACUUGGACUUUUAAAAGGCAUUUUUUCUGCUUGGACUCAAGAGAUACGUAUGGUUGUGUUAAUCUUUUUGCAGGAAGUCGUGUUCUAUUGUUGAAUGUAUUUGCAAUUUUGACAGUAUAAUAUAGUUUUGAUGAAUGUAUUUAUGUUUUGAGAAGAUAACUAUGUUUUGAAAACCCAUUUAAUGUUUUUCAAAAGGCCACAGAGUUCUGUGUCUUGUGGACUCUGUUUUGAAAAUCGACAACAUUGUUCCAAAAAAAAUGCUUGUACGCGAUUGAGAAAAACUGUAAAAAGACCAUACAGUUUAGCCAACUCCUUUAGCAUGGCAACGUCAAAAGAGUUGACUAAAGCACAAACAGACUGGCACCCAGGCUGGCGACGAGACAAAAAAUACCUUACAGAGCAUCAAAAGCAUGAAUACUUCUACAAGAGGACAUUAAUGUGUCUUAUGACUUGUCUAGGUAAUGCAACCAAAAUGUUUUUUCCCUCUCUUGAUCUUCUCUCUCCCUCUUCGCUCUCUGUUUUUUCCCUCUGUUUUGCACGGACCUCCCAGAAGCAGUAAACUAGGCACUGUGAGAGGCCAUAUCUCUUUCUUUCUAAGCUCUCCCAAAGAGAGAAAGGGAAGGUUAGUAAGGUCCCUCCCUAGACCAGCCUAGGGCCUAGACUUUCAUCUAGACUUUCUUCUAGACUUUCAUCUAGACUUUCAUCUAGACUUUCAUCUCAGUGCAUCACAGUCCAGAUUGAUCAAUUAAUCCGCUUUUACUUGAGGUAAUAUCUUUGAGAAAAAUUCCAUGUAGCCAUACCUAACAUAAUCUAUCUAAAUAACCCAUGUACACACUCACAUAUAAAGUACCAGUCAAAAGUUUAGACACACCUACUCAUUCCAGGGUUUUUCUUUAUUUUUACUAUUUUCGACAUUGUAGAAUAAUAGUGAAGACAUCAAAACUAUGAAAUAACAUAUAUGGAAUCAUAUAGUAACCAAAAAAGUGUUAAACAAAUCAAAAUAUAUUUUAUAUUUGAGAUUCUUCAAAGUAGCCACCAUUUGCCUUGAUGACAGCUUUGCACACUCUUGGAAUUCUCUCAACCAGCUUAAUGAGGUAGUCACCUGGAAUGCAUUUCAAUUAACAGGUGUGCCUUGUUAAAAGUUAAUUUGUGGAAUUUCUUUCCUUCUUAAUGCAUUUGAGCCAAUCAGUUGUGUUGUGACAAGGUAGGGUUGGUAUAUAGAAGAUAACCCUAUUUGGUAAAAGACCAAGUCCAUAUUAUGGCAAGAACAGCUCAAAUAAGCAAAGAGAAACGACAGUCCAUCAUUACUUUAAGACAUGAAUGUCAGUCAAUCUGGAAAACUUCAAGAAGUUUCUUCAAGUGCAGUCGCAAAAACCAUCAAGUGUUAUGAUGAAACUGGCUCUCAUGAGGACCGCCACAGGAAAGGAAGACCCAGAGUUACCUCUGCUGCAGAGGAUAAGUUCAUUAGAGUUACCAGCCAGAAAUUGCAGCCCAAAUAAAUGCUUCACAGAGUUCAAGUAACAGAUACAUCUCAACAUUAACUCUUCAUAGGAGAAUGCGUGAAUCAGGCCUUCAUGGUCAAAUUGCUGCAAAGAAACCACUACUAAAGGACACCAAUAAGAAGAAGAGACUUGCUUGGGCAAAGAAACACGAGCAAUGGACAUUAGACCGGUGGAAAUCUGUCCUUUGGUCUGAUGAUUUUUGAGAUUUUUGGUUCCAAAAUGCCGUGUCUUUGUGAGACGCAGAGUAGGUAAACGGAUGAUCUGCGCAUGUGUGGUUCCCACCGUGAAGCAUGGAAGAGGAGGUGUGGAGAUGCUUUGCCGGUGACACUGUCGGUGAUGUAUUUAGAAUUCAAAGGCACACUUAACCAGCAUGGCUAUCACAGCAUUCUGCAGCGAUACGCCAUCCCAUUUGGUUUGCGCUUAGUGGGACUAUCAUUUGUUUUUCAACAGGAAAAUCACCCAACACAUCUCCAGGCUGUGUAAGGGCUAUUUGACCAAGAAGGACAGUGAUGGAGUGCUGCAUCAGAUAACCUGGCCUCCACAAUCACCCGACCUCAAUAUACAGUGGGGGAAAAAAGUAUUUAGUCAGCCACCAAUUGUGCAAGUUCUCCCACUUAAAAAGAGGAGAGAGGCCUGUAAUUUUCAUCAUAGGUACACGUCAACUAUGACAGACAAAUUGAGAUUUUUUUUUAACAGAAAAUCACAUUGUAGGAUUUUUAAUGAAUUUAUUUGCAAAUUAUGGUGGAAAUAAGUAUUUGGUCACCUACAAACAAGCAAGAUUUCUGGCUCUCACAGACCUGUAACUUCUUCUUUAAGAGGCUCCUCUGUCCUCCACUCGUUACCUGUAUUAAUGGCACCUGUUUGAACUUGUUAUCAGUAUAAAAGACACCUGUCCACAACCUCAAACAGUCACACUCCAAACUCCACUAUGGCCAAGACCAAAGAGCUGUCAAAGGACACCAGAAACAAAAUUGUAGACCUGCACCAGGCUGGGAAGACUGAAUCUGCAAUAGGUAAGCAGCUUGGUUUGAAGAAAUCAACUGUGGGAGCAAUUAUUAGGAAAUGGAAGACAUACAAGACCACUGAUAAUCUCCCUCGAUCUGGGGCUCAAACGCAAGAUCUCACCCCGUGGGGUCAAAAUGAUCACAAGAACGGUGAGCAAAAAUCCCAGAACCACACGGGGGGACCUAGUGAAUGACCUGCAGAGAGCUGGGACCAAAGUAACAAAGCCUACCAUCAGUAACACACUACGACGCCAGGGACUCAAAUCCUGUAGUGCCAGACGUGUCCCCCUGCUUAAGCCAGUACAUGUCCAGGCCCGUCUGAAGUUUGCUAGAGUGCAUUUGGAUGAUCCAGAAGAGGAUUGGGAGAAUGUCAUAUGCUCAGAUGAAACCAAAAUAUAACUUUUUGGUAAAAACUCAACUCGUCGUGUUUGGAGGACAUACCUACUGUGAAGCAUGGGGGUGGAAACAUCAUGCUUUGGGGCUGUUUUUCUGCAAAGGGACCAGGAUGACUGAUCCGUGUAAAGGAAAGAAUGAAUGGGGCCAUGUAUCGUGAGAUUUUGAGUGAAAACCUCCUUCCAUCAGCAAGGGCAUUGAAGAUGAAACGUGGCUGGGUCUUUCAGCAUGACAAUGAUCCCAAACACACCGCCCGGGCAACGAAGGAGUGGCUUCGUAAGAAGCAUUUCAAGGUCCUGGAGUGGCCUAGCCAGUCUCCAGAUCUCAACCCCAUAGAAAAUCUUUGGAGGGAGUUGAAAGUCCGUGUUGCCCAGCGACAGCCCCAAAACAUCACUGCUCUAGAGGAGAUCUGCAUGGAGGAAUGGGCCAAAAUACCAGCAACAGUGUGUGAAAACCUUGUGAAGACUUACAGAAAACGUUUGACCUGUGUCAUUGCCAACAAAGGGUAUAUAACAAAGUAUUGAGAAACUUUUGUUAUUGACCAAAUACUUAUUUUCCACCAUAAUUUGCAAAUAAAUUCAUAACAAAUCCUACAAUGUGAUUUUCUGGAAAAAAAAAUCUCAUUUUGUCUGUCAUAGUUGACGUGUACCUAUGAUGAAAAUUACAGGCCUCUCUCAUCUUUUUAAGUGGGAGAACUUGCACAAUUGGUGGCUGACUAAAUACUUUUUUCCCCCACUGUAUGUGUGAACUCCUUCAAGACUGUUGGAAAGCAUUCCAGGUGAAGCUGGUUGAGUGAAUGCCAAGAGUGUGCAAAGCUGUCAUCAAGGCAAAGGGAGCCUACUUGGAAGAAUCUCAAAUCUCAAAUAUAUUUAGAUUUGUUUAACACUUUUUUGGUUAAUACAUGAUUCCAUAUGUGUUAUUUCAUAGUUUUGAUAUCUUCACUAUUAUUCUACAAUGUAGAAAAUAGUAAAGAUAAAGAAAAACCCUUGAAUGAGUAGGUGUGUCCAAACCUUUGACUGGUACUGUAUUUAUGAAUAAUGUUUGAGCAAGCCACAUACAGUACACCAACAUUCAUACUGAGUAUGAACUGGAUGUGUUAUUUCACAUUCCUGCUGUAUCAGUUAAGUGUUGGCCAAUUACCUCCUUUAAAACAGAAGAAACUUUCUGCUCAGGACCACUCCAGCUAACAAAAUUACGUUCCAGGACGUGACCACAAAGUUAUUUGGGUCCCCACAUAAGUCAUGAUAACGUUAUUGUGAAACUUACAGACGAUGUUCCAAAAUGUAUUUCUAUCAUUCUGAUUUUAACGUUAUAUGAAGACAAACCAUAGCUCUAAAUGUGACAUUAUGAAAUAUUCCUACGAUAUCUCCAAAAUAACAUGAUAUUCAGAACCUUUCAUGGACUACCAAGGAACGUUUUAAAUGUUCCCAUGAUGUCUGUAUAGCGACCUGAUAUUUAUAACCUCUAUAAUACUUAUUAGAAACGUUAUGAAUGUGCCUAUAAUGUCCCAAACGGGCUAUGACAUUCAGUACCUCUGGAAGACUUAAGGGGAAUGUUACAAAUGUCUCAGUUACGUUCCUUGUUAGCUGGGACAGCUGCUUCUGCCUCAUUUCAUACAUACCCAGCCUCCUGCCUCCACUCCUGCCUCACCGACUCUGCCCUUUCUCUGCUCCGAGGCUGGUCCAUGCUAGCUGCUCCAUGCUAGCUGCUCCAUGCUAGCUGCUCCAUGCUAGCUGCUCUACGUUAAGCUGCUGUCUGUGGUUGUUACCUCUAGACUAGACCCAGUGCCAGAGCCAUCCAAGCUGCAGCAGACAGGCGCUCUCCCGUCCCAGGCACGGUAACUUCCACAGCCAUGCUGGCUCUAGCUGAUGUCCAGAAUCACAUCACAUGGAUCACAGGUCUUUUGUUUUGUAUGCAGAGACUUCAAGCUAGGGUACACACUAAUGCUAACCCCAAUUAGGACAUGAAUGAGCCUGGGCCUGGGACAUGAGUGUGGCUGCUACAGUGGUAUUCUGUCUUGUCACUGUACAGUUGCCUAAAGCUGCUGUUGCAUACUGCAGUGUCUCUUCUCCAUAUCCUAGCAGCCAUAAUGAUUGGACUGUACUAUAGCUUUGCUUUGCUCCACUGCACAUGCCUCUGAUCUGAUCCCAGACACACAGUGAUCACUGUGGAUGAUGUAAUAUGAGAGAACAGGGAAGUCUGCCUGGGAGAACUGUGUCUGUGUCUGACCCUGUUUCUCUGUGUGUCUCUGUGUCUGUGUAUAUGUGGUGUAUAUGGAUAUGUCUGUGUUUUUUGUGAAUGUGUAUCUGUUAUUGUGUGUGUGUCCGUACAUGUGUAUUUGUAUGUGUCACUCGUACUGUAUAUGUGUGUGUGUGUGUGUGUGUGUGCAUCCCCAGGCCUGACUCUGCUAGGCCAGACUCUGCUAGGCCAGACUCUGCUAGGCCAGACUCUGCGGAGGGCAAUCUGUCGUCCUGCCCGUCUCGUAACGGAGAGAAGGACUGGGAGAACGAGUCCACAACCUCCUCCACUCCCUCCAACCAAGAGUACACAGGUACGGACCGCUCCACUACAAUCACGGUAUUCUGCUUUCAAAAGAAGACCAAACUAUUGCAGCAUACCGGAGCUAUGUAGUCCAUGUGUAGAACAGGCUGGGUUGUGAGUUUCUGUUGGUUUGUCACUGCAUUACUUAUGCUGGUAUUCGCUUCUUCCCUCAGGGCCAAAGCUGUACAAGGAGCCCAGUGCCAAGUCCAACAAGCAUAUCAUCCAGAACGCCCUGGCCCACUGCUGCCUUGCGGGCAAGGUCAACGAAGGACAGAAGAAUAAGAUAAUAGAUGUAGGCAAUUUGCUGUACACACUAUGUUUCUAUCUCUUUCAUUUUACUUUACUCUUUUACCUCAUGUUUGUUCCUUUCUUCUCCUCCACUAUCUCUUUCAGGAAAUGGAGAGGUCGGGGGCCAACAACUUCCUGGUGAUGUUCCGAGACACAGGUUGCCAGUUCCGCUCGGUGUACACCUACUGCCCUGAGACGGAGGAAAUCACCAAGCUGGCGGGCAUUGGGCCCAAGAGCAUCACGGCCAAGAUGAUCGAGGGCCUGUACAAAUAUAACUCAGACAGGAAGCAGUUCAGCCACAUCCCUGCCAAGACAAUGUCGGCUAGUGUAGACGCCAUCACCAUCGCCCCCCACCUGUGGCAGACCAAGAAACAGGGCACGCCCAAGAAACUGGGUAGUCUCAAGUAGUCACAGCAACAACCCCUUUCAUACCAAACCCAGGAUAUUGUUGCUUGGUGUCCUGGGUUAUAGUUGAGGACUGAGGGGAGGCUUUGCCGGUUAUCUGACCCAGGAACGGCCAAAUUACCUGGGAUAUUGCAGGGUCUGGUUUGGUAUGAACGGUGCUAAAGAGUCCAUCUUUCUAAUCUUCUUUCCCAUUAAGAUAUUUAACGAACACUUACACUUGGCAUUCAUCUGUAUCUGAUAUCUGAUGUACAGUUUAAUUGGAUGAAUAUGUGGUAGGUGGUUUAAUUCUAAACAGGACACUGUUGACUUUAUGCACAACUGGAAUGUAGGGGGAAAAACAUCAACACAAGCCUCAAGGGACAUUGUUGUUGUUAUGCAAGACUGUGUGUGUGUGUGUGUGUGUGUGUGGGACCCAGAGUCAUUCUAAUGGUGCACAUGUGUUUCUGUUCGUCAGCAUGCGUGGGUGCCCCUGUUCUUGUGUGCCCCAAAAAAAAAGGGGGCUGAUGAAAGCCUUACUGAAUCGGACCUCUAAAGCACUGAAUGUCAUUCCUUUCGAAAUAGACCGAGUUUGAGUUCCCUAUGUUCAUCAUGUGUGGCCUUAUGCUUGUUUUGUGAAAGCGCAGUGAUUAGGUCAUGUUUUUGUGAGUACAGGAUGAUACGUAUAUAUGAGAGCUUGUUGAUAGUUUGGCUGUGUGUGAGGCUUGCUUUUCUUUGUGGCUGAAAGAUGAGACUGAGGAGUUGGGUUUACAUAAUGUGUCAAUAGUUAAAGUCCCAAGAUUGAGUGAGGAGAAUAGCUCAGAAGUAGGUUGUCGUAACUUCCGAUAAGAACUAGAUGGUAAAAUCAUUGAUUAAGGAUCAUCUACUUCACAGGAAUGUCAGCAACUGACUGUUAAUUUAUUUAUGUUUUUGAUAAGGCUUUGGAAGUCUUUUAAAGGUCCAAUGCAGAUGUUUUUAUCUCAAAAUCAAAUAAUUUCUGGGUAACAAUUAAGUACCAUAUUGUGAUUGUUUUCAAUUAAAAUGGUCAAAAAUUAACAAAAAUAGCUUAUUAGCAAUGAGCAAUUUCUCAAGCAAUAAUGUUGCUAGGACAGUCUGUGAGGGGUUUGAGUGAGGGGAAAACAAAAUUAGCUGUUAUUGACAGAGAGGUUUGGAGCUCUUUCUUAUUGGUCUAGUAACUAAUUUACUGCAUGGUGAUGUCACCAUGGAAGGCCAAAACUCCCUCUCAACAAAACAGGCUGAAAUUUCAGGACGGUCUUUUCAAACAGCUCUUACACUAGAAGGGCAUUACCAUCAUUUUCACAAUUUCACAGUAUUAUUCCAACCUCAUAGUGUGGAAAUAUAUAUAAAACACAGGAAAAUUACAUUUUUGACUGCACUGGGGCUUUAAAGGCUUUUAAAGUUUCAUCAACAGAGGUGCGUAACGUACUUUAAGACAAUAUAUACUGUAUAAGUUAAUUGAGUUUGUAUAUAAUGGCUAUUCCAUUCAAAAUGAAUGAGUGAAACUAGCAUUUAUCAUUUAAUAUGGACGUAUAUAAACGUAAUAUAUAUGGGGCCUUCUAUAGUUUCAAAAAUGCAAGUGUGUAAUCACUUUUCAAUGUCACUGGCAGGAAUAUGUCAAGCUUUAGAAUAGAAGCAAGUUACACAAAUUGUGUCAUGAGCCUGUGCAAUUCUGAAAAAAUAUCUUAUAAAAAUCCUCGUUGGCAUAUAUGUUUGGACCUCAGAUAUUCUGAAGCAUUUUACUUUAUUGUGGAUAGUAUCUUUACUGUUGAAUUCCGAUUACACUUAAAGUUGUCCACAAUAUGCAUGUGUACAUAUUCAGUAGAGAGUAAUUCAUGAAUAGAAUUUCAUGACGCUUUCCCACCGUAGAUUGCCGUAUUUGUAGUUAAAUUAACUGCGUACUUACGUAAAUAAAGUAAAAUACAGAUCACAAAAACAUGAAACAUAUUUCUUCAGGACUUUCAAAACUUCUGUUACAUUAUGCUUCAACAUGUUACAUUGUUCUAACCUAUGAAAGGAAACUGACAUUAAUUUUUCUUUUAUUUUGGAGCAAAGCAGUGUUUACGCUGUACAUAUAUUUUGUCGUAUAAAGUAUUUUUUGUAAACCAUUUACCAUAUUGAGGUUUCAUAUGAGCAGCAUAUCUGUUGCAAAAGGAAAUGUAAACCAUGAGAGGGUACAAUAUGUUUUGGAUGAGUGACGGACAGGAAACGGAGAGAAAACUAACUGCAAACUGUUUCCACUGCAUACUCUAUUGUAGUGGAUAAUCAGAUAUGUGUGAGAUGCCAUUCUGUAUUUUCCCCCAUCCAAAUUAGUUUUAUUUUAACCCUGUCAAUAUGUUCAUGUAUUUGUUAUUUUUAUAUAUUCCUUUGAACAAUAUUAAAAUGCAAAUGUUCAUCAACACUUGUGAUUGAUGUUUUUGAAGCCGGGUUAUCCACUUGAAUCUCAUUUUAGGCUAGCCCAGAUUUGGAUUCUUUGUUGUGCUAAAUGUUCACAUUUCCUACAGCACAAUAUCCAGUUACUUCAUUACAGAACAAGUGGGUCUUGAACCUGCAACCCGAGGCCACAGGGGAAACAAACGCAGGUUCUGUGCCAUAAAGGUCAAAACCUCAUGGAAGAGGCAUAGGCUUACAUACAGGGAGAACAUACCAGUGGUAAAAUAUCAAGAUAAACCAUUUGUCAUUUUGUUACAUCAUUUCUCAUAAAAAGUAUAGUCCUUUGAAUACACCUUUGUUAAUACCACUAGGUGUCACCUAAUGAUUGAGAAGUAAAGCACUAGUCUUCCUCUCUUGCGUUCAAGAGCAACCUGAAAGCUAUCGGUUAAGAAUAAUAGUCUACCAACCAGAUUUACUUCUUAUCACUGUCUGUCUUAAUCAUUUUAAAGCCUUUUCAGGGGGCCAUGUUCUUCAAGCAUUUAAUCACUUUUGAACUUUCCACUGUGAUUCUGCUAUUAGCCUACAAGCAAAUGGAACACACCAUCUAGUCUGGGCAGUGAAGGCAUGAGGAUUAUGCCUCGGUCAUUGCAUUUAGGUACACUAGAAGUACAUUAAUUUCCAAUGAAAGCUGAGUUUGCUUUACAGCAUUGCGUUGCAGAGGCAGUUGCAGUGCGUUCUGUGUGGUGCAUACGUUCGAAUGUAUGCUUCAAACUGUAUGCAUAGACGGCUUGACAGAAAUGGUAGCAGAAGGUGAAUGUUUAACUUUUGUUGCACACAUAUCCAGAUGAUGCUGCAUAACAUUUUGCGCAAAAAUGCUGUCGGUGUGAUCAAAGCUUCAAGCUGUCUACACAUACAGUUUGACACAUACAUCGAUAAAUCCAACGUAUGCACCACACAGAACGCACUACAAUUGCCUCUGCAACGCAAUGCUGCAAGGCAAACGUAGCGCUCCAUUGGAAAUGAAUGUACUUCUGGUGUACCAAAAUGCAUAACACUGUCGGUGUGAUCGAGGCAUUAGUCAUAUCCAUCCACCAUCAAAUAUUGUCUUGGAAGUGACACACCCUUACAAGUUAUUAUCUCAUUGAAAGUGGCAUAAUUAGACUUUGACGACACCGCUUAUACUUGAUGCGCAUGCUCGAUGGAUGGUAGUAGAAAGGAAUGUUGAUUCGUAGCCGAAAGCUGUGUGGUUUUGACUUGCUAGACAAGAGAUGCUUGGGAGCGCCCUUGUGAGAGCCCUUGUGAGAAUGCUGGGAUCUGAUUGGUAGACGAAGCGGUGCGCUUGACAACCGAAGGGGCUGGGUAGCAGCAGCAGAACCGAGAAGAUAACAGAGAAAGGAAGGAGAAAUUCAUCGAAGCAGGAUCGCCGUUACAGCUACGCUUUUUCAACAACAUAGAAACAAAUUUAGGAGCGUGUUUUCAGCCCAUGUAUUUUUAGACCAAGGUGCGCUUUAAAUCGCAUUUGGGAGCGUGUUUGUUAGUUAUGCGUGGGAAGCCUCGCUCCCCACCCAUCCCGCCUGUGCUGCUUGCGGAUGAUUCACUUCUAGCGAUUGGCCUGGGGUGUAUUCAUUACGCCAAUUCUGUUGCAAAACGUUUACUCCAAACGCUGUUGAGUUCUGUUUUGUUCUUAAACGGAAGUUGUAGUUCAGUGGUGUCUCUCUUCAAAAGAAAUAAGCGGCUGGAAAAAGUUGGAAUCCCGCUGACUUCACUUCACUUUAGAGCAUGGAAGAAUCGAUCAUUAAUAGAUGUGCAGUUCGUGCCAAACACUUCGCAGACAAUUCAGAUUGGAAUGCAAAUCGUGGAACAAUAACAUUAAAAUUAACUAGCUAGCUACAACUUCCAUUUAUGAACCCAACAGCUUUUACGUGACGUUGAAGAGCGUUUGGAGUAAACGGUUUCUGUUGCAAAACGUUUUGCAAUAGAAUCGGCGUAAUGAAUGCACCCUGGUUAGCCAUUCUCUUGUUGGCUGGCUGCUUGUCAUGAUCUAAAUCUGUUAGCGGUUUUGGGUGUGCGUUCCUGACAACAGUACUCUUGGUGGUAUGUAGCUACCAGCUAACAUUGGCUGCUAGCUAGCUAGUUAGCUUGCUAAUAUUUCUGACACAUAGCUUGUGUUGUCGUUUAUUUUAUAACAUAGGACAAUAACAGAUUGGUGUGAAGUAGCUAGCUACUGUAGCUACUUAUCUAGCAGUUAGCUAGCUAAUUUGUGUUUGAACCCCACCCAUAGCUGCAGUGCCUAGCUACAUGGCUAGCUAACUAGCUAGCUAGUUAUAUAUUGUAAAUAGAUGUUUAUUGGAACCCUUCCCGACAAGUAAUACUUAGCUCAUCCUUUAUGUUUAGGAGAUACGCAUAGUUUCCUUGCUGCUAAAUUUUUGCCACUGCUGCUGUCAUUGUCACCAGCAGUGCAUCUGGCAUGAUCUGCAUGCAGCUUGGUUGUUCUUUUUCUCUUCUGAAUGGCCUGUACAGUUCAUUGUCAGAUAUCUAGCAAUAUUAUUUGUUGACUGCACGUAAGUGUAUUCCUAAACUAAAUCAAUUUAAAAGUCAAAGGAUGUAACAUGUAUCAGUAUGUUUUGAGCAACCACUUGCUUGGACACCUUGUCAACAAUGCAGGUUGCAGUGCAACACCAAGAUAGCAGGACUAUUGACAUAGGCUAACUAGCUAUCGAAAUCCUUAGUCAGCAUUCCGGUGGCACCCCCCAAUUCAUUAAUGCAAUCCUAGUCCAUAAUGUGUUACUGUCUGUUACUGCAUAAUUAAUAACACAGCUGUGUGGGUGAUUGGAUUUACUCUCUGCUGCAGACUUUGUACUGACACUGACCUUCUGCUAAUCACAGUAGCCAGAGAGUUGGGGCUUGAUUCCAUUAGGUGCAAUUGAGGCUUUCCUCAUUUUGUCCACAUUAAGUAGGUGCACAGAGAAGGUCCUAGAUUUCCUGUGCUUGUUUGUAGGUAGGAAUUGAAAUAAAUUCGACUAGACUUCUUGAAAUUCAAAAGCAAGGUCAGUUGUAACAGUUGUUGGCCAAGUAAAUAUCUGGAACAAAAAAAUAAUUGGUUGAACACAGUGUGGCAAUAAAGUGACAUUGUGUUACAUUAGGAAUUGAUUGUUUACCAGACAGCAACCUCAACAGGGUCAGAUAAAAAUAUCCGGUUUUCAUGGAUACAGUAUGUUCAACCUAGCUUCCUUUUCCUCUGAAAACCGGAUGCAGGGACCCGCUCAGGCGUUUCUUUUACGCCUGCUAUGUUUAGUUAACCAGACAGAUACUAGGCUGCCUACGAUCAACAAGAGAGCCUCAGUUUGUAUACUCACCAUGAGUUUUGUUGUGUGUGUGUCAGCCCGUCAUCGCCAUGACAGCAGAAGAGAUCAUCAAUGUGAAGGAGGUGGAGAUCAUCAAGGUGAUCCUGGACUUCCUCAACUCCAGGAAGCUUCACAUCAGCAUGCUGGCCCUGGAGAAAGAGAGCGGAGUCAUCAACGGACUAUACUCUGACGAUAUGCUCUUCCUCAGGUACACCUGGGUCGUAUUCAUUAGGCACCAACAACAAAAAAAGAAGAUUAAAACAGGGAGGGACUACCUGGACUUAUCCAAUAAGGAACUUUUCAUUUUCAGUUGCAAAAUGUUUUGCUACGGUGUGCCCUACUGAAUAUGACCCUGACAUUACUGUUUGGGUCUUACUACAUGGCUAGGUUUGGAAUGACAAAGGUCUGGCUCACCCAUAGCAUAUCAGGACACCUCCAUAAGUGUGUGCUGCGAUACAACAGUUGACAGACUAAUUAGACGAGAUUGUUGCUGUUCAGCUUUCCAAAGCAUUUUCAUCAACUUUCACACAGAGGGCCCCACUAGAGAACCCUUUGUUGACAUGUUUAGUUUAUUUUUAUUCUGUUUUGUUUUUACUGAAAUUAUCUGGCUAGUGUGAAUAGGCUCAGAGCACGUAAUAGGUGCCGCAUAAUGUGUCACAAAGAUCAUACACUUUAUUUAGCAUUUUACAUCAGAUUUAUGAACUACUAGGGGCAGGGACAAUUACCAUUAUCGCGAUACUCGUUAGUAUCGUGGCAAGGAAACAAAACACGAAGCCGAUUUAACUUCUUUAGGAAAACAGCCAUAAUGUUGUCAUCCAGAGUCACAUGUAUUUAUUUUCCAAGCUAUAGUACCCAAUAUUGUACAUACAGCAGUUUUUUAAAGGACCAAAGAGUUUGGCCUGCUUCAUGUUUUCAUUUUUGGCAUGGAAAAAAUAUUGCGAUACUGGUAUCGACCCGGCCCUAUAACUAACUUGUUUGUGUAUUGUUUAUCUCUGUCCAGACAACUGGUGCUGGAUGGGCAGUGGGACGAGGUUCUCCAGUUCAUUCAGCCGUUGGAGUGCAUGGACACGUUUGACAGGAAAAGGUGAGGCAUUGAUACAACACUAAUUCUGUGGUCAGAAAUGAAUGUACGUAGUCUGACUAUACCUGACAAUUUCUGCAGUUAGCAGUGCUAUUAUUGCCUUGUCAAACAACAACACGUUAGCAAACUGACACCCAGGCUAGAAUGUUCAGGCAGAUACUGGGUUUGAAUUACUUUACUGACACAUAGAUACUGUAGGAUGAGACAACCCAGCUCUGGGGCUAUAUUUUAUUGUUGUGUCGAGCUGUGUUGUCUUGUCAUAGGUUCCGUUACAUCGUCCUGAAGCAGAAGUUUCUGGAGGCCCUGUGUGUGAACAAUGCCAUGUCUGCUGAGGACGAGCCACAACAUGUGAGUCAACAAGCAAAGAAUAGGUUCGCUCUCGCACUUCUCCACGUUGUUCUAGUGUCUUUCUGCCUUUACAUAUUCCAUCUCCCUGUCUUUGUUUCUGGCUCCUUUCCUCUGUCUCCUUCUGAAUGAGCAAACAAAAUAGCAACGAAUCAAUUCUUUUUCCAUCUACCUCUUUUCUAUUUCUGUCACUCUGCCUCAUUUUCUCCUAGCCCACACACAUUCAUUGAGCUUUCUCUACCCAUCGUCCUAUAUUAGCUUAGUCACAGACAGUGUAGAUCUGAAUCCAGCUUGUGUAGCCUGACUGGAUUAGUCUGGGCUCCUCAAGCCAGCUGUGUCUGUGUGUAUAAGUGUGUCAGAUUGUCAGCCCAGCUCUUCAUGAGUUAGUGUGGAACUGUGUGUGACAUGUGAGUCUGAUUUAACACGUUUCUACGUGUUUAUUGUGUUAGGUCUAAGUUAGAUCUCGUGAAAUCUCUUUUACACAUUUAUUCGAAGCAGGUCAAAGAAACACUGACAUUUUCUUCUUUCUGAGGUUUCUCCUUGGACAUGAUAGAGAUCUAAGCCCUUCUACCCUGAUAUUUAGAAUCUAAGCCUCAGAGAGCGAUAACAGGUAGCUGCUCUUCUACAAGAUCUACAGACAUUCUGGGUUUAGAUGUUCAAAACAUCAUUUUUCAUCCCCCCUCUCUCUGUCUCUGCGGGAAUGUUGAGUCUAGAGGGGAGGGACUGGGGAUGAUAGUGUUACAUUGCCUCUAGAAAUGAAUAAAUAUGAUCAAAGCCCUUUUUUUUUUUUUUUAUUGCAAACCUUCUAGACUGAAUCAAAGUCCUGCUACAUGUGAGCGUAAAAUGAGUGAAUCUGAUGUGGGCCAAAAUCCACUCUCUCUUUCUUUCUCCCUCUGCCCUCUACCUCUCUCUCUCCUCCCUUCAUCCCUCUCUCCCUCAGUUGGAGUUCACCAUGCAGGAGGCGGUGAAGUGUCUUCAUGCUCUGGAGGAGUUCUGUCCCUCUAAGGAUGACUACAGCAAGCUAUGUCUGCUCCUCACCCUGCCUCGUCUCACCAACCACGCUGAGUUCAAGGCAUGACACAUUUGUAUAUUUAUGGCAUAAUAUAUCAUAUUAUAAUAAUAUAUAUUAUUAUGAUUAUUAUUAUAUAGCAUCUGACCUUUUGAAUCGUACUCUGUUAUUCUAGCACAGUGAUUGAUUCUAAUACUUACUUUGAAGAAGGUUUGGUAACAGUUUACUGAAAGCAGGUAUCAAAAGGCCAUUAUUAAAUUAUUAUAAGCAUGUAUGAGCACUUUAUUACAUUUUGAGAUAGCACUUAUUAUCUCAUAAUGCUGUAUCUGAUGUAUAUCAAUGUGGCAGUUUUCCAACUAUCUCAAAAUGGAUCGCUAUGAGAUAACACUGAGACAUUUUAAAGGUGUCAUCAUGUUUUGGGUUUUAGCUAAAUGACUAAACAGUAUAGUGUUUCCCCUCCAGGACUGGAACCCCAGCACGGCGCGGGUGCAGUGUUUUGAGGAGGCGUGCACCAUGGUGGCAGAGUUCAUCCCUGCAGACAGGAAGCUGAGCGAAGCGGGGUUCAGAGCCUCAGGGAACCGCCUCUUCCAGCUCCUCAUUAAAGGAGUUCUGUACGAGUGCUGUGUCGAGUUCUGCCAGGUACUUACAAAGUACCUAUAAGAUUCUAUCCAUCACUUGAUAUUACUGUUUUAGUUUAAUAUGAUGUUAUGAUUUCAUUGCUUGCUUGAUUAAAUGAAUGAAUGAAUGAAUAAUUGAUUCAUUCAAUGCAUGAGUGCUUGAUUGAUAUAUUGAUUGGCUGAUAGAUUGACGGAUUGACUACCUCUGUCUCCAGAGCAAGGCGACAGGCGAGGAGAUCACGGAGGGCGAGGUGCUCCUGGGGGUGGACAUGCUGUGUGGGAACGGCUGUGAUGACCUGGACCUUUCUUUACUCUCCUGGAUGCAGAACCUGUCCCACAGUGUCUUCUCCUGCGCCUUCGAGCAGAAGCUGCUCCAGAUCCACGUGGACCGCCUGGUCAAGCCCGCCAAGGCCGGCUACGCAGACCUCCUCACCCCGCUCAUCAGCAAGCUGUCCCCCUACCCCUCCUCGCCUCUCCGCCGUCCCCAGUCCGCCGACACCUACAUGUCCCGCUCCCUGAACCCGGCCCUGGACGGGCUGUCGUACGGGCUGUCUGGCCAGGAGAAGAGGGGCCCGGGGGGGGACACAGGCGGGGGGGAAGGGGGUGUCCCCCAUGUCUCAUUCCUUCGCUAACUACCACACAGGGGGGCCAGAGUUUGAGCAGGAGUCUGAUGCUGGAGAGCUCCGACUGCCACAGCAUCUUUGAGGAGUCGCCUGAGAGGUGAGAGCAGGAUGGGUUGGAUUCAGGUAGCGCUUUUCAACAUCAAGGUCUAGAAUGUGUUUUACAUUGUAAGUGGGGAAUUUAACUCCUCUACCAUUAAUGUGUAGUACCCACCAGGAUGAUGCACUCUACCUAGUCAUUUUCCCCUCUAGAAUAAUCCCCAAACAUUGGCUAAGUAGGCCAAGUAAUUACAUGAUUGAACCUGUUUGAUUUAGCCUAGCCACUGAAGUAGACUGUUGAUUAGCCUGCGGGGUAGAAAAACACUGGAGACUACUGUUGAAGGAGAAGCUCAGUGAUUAUCUUGACGUUUUCUACUGCUCAACAACAUCCACUUAUGCGAACACUGUGACAGUAGGGAGUAGCUGUGUGACAGUAGGGAAUAUCUGAGUUGUCUGGUACUGUAUUAGAUUGAGCCCUAGAUCUGUUUGUACCCUGCAACCCUCUCUCUGCACUUGCAUUUCACUGUACCGUUUACACCUGCUGUGCACGUGAUGAGUAAACUAGGAUUUGAUUUGAUGUCUUGCUAACUCCAUUGCUGUGAUUGGUGUUGGCAAGACAACACAGACAUAUGUGGGACUCAGGCUAGUCUGGUAGUGCAUUAGAGUAGUAGUUAAUGUAGUCUCUCUGGUUCUUGUUCCUAGCUCCAGGACUGACACGCCCGUGGAUAAAAUGAUGAGUUCAGGCACCCUGCGCCCCGCCUCCGCCCCUGGAGAGGACGCCCCGUCACCAGGCUCUGCAGAGAGGAAUGAGGUAAAAUACCUGAUGGAGGAGAGGAAGAUGAGAUGUAACCAGGUCUGUCUUGCAAAAGAUACAGAUUUCUAGAAAAUAAGUGCAUGAGGUGGCAACAAUUUUUACCCAGUUUAUAUAAACCCUGGAGUCUGAUGUGUGAUGAUUGGGAUUGUGGCCUGUGGAGAGGAUUACUUUCAAAGAUGGUGGCCUUCUCCCUCAGUCUAAAUAUAGGGCGGACUUAGAGAUGAAUGUGUGUCUGGUGUGUGUGUGAGACUCGUCUGGGGCGUACAGGGCCUGAGUUACAGCCAAGAGACCUGUCACCUGCUCUCUUUCUCUCGCUCGCUCUCUUUCUCUCUCUGUCUCUUGUCCUCUCACAGUACAGCCCAAAGGACUCUAGUCCCCUGACUCCACUUCAACUCUAGCCUUGCCUUAGAGGAGAUCAGACUGCUCUCUACUCUGCUCUACCCUGCCACUGCUGUCCUGUCUAGCCGUUAGUCAGACUGUGUGAAUUAACAGCCCUGCUCUGCCAUGCCUGUCACCUUGGAGACCGAUCAACAGACCAGGAGCAGAAUUGGAAAUUAGACUGUGUGAUUUCACCUUCAGAUGAGACCCUGGUUUAUGGCUCCCUCUGCCACACUGUGUGUUUGUGUGUGUGUGUGUGUGUGUGUGUGUGUGAGGUUAUUGGAUUUCACACUGGCUGUGGUCCCUGUGUCAACGAGGGUGCGGGAUGGCAAUGCACGUCAUGAACAGCUUAUUUCUUCCAACCCUCUCUCUCUCGUCUUUGGCAUGCUGCCAGCCUGGCCCCUGGUCGGUGUGGAAGUUCAUGCCUAUCAGAUGGACCUGCAGAGGCCACAGUAGGGGAAGUUGUCUGUCCUCAGACCUUUGACACUCAGUAUUUUUCCUCUCUCCCUGAAAUUACAGAGGGAAGGGGUGUGGGGACAAAGCUGGCUUUGAAUGUGAAUGGCACUAUGUAAGAAGUUGGCUGUACUUCAAACAAUUAUGAAUUUGGUUUAUUUGAAUAUGGUGUGUGAGACUACUGAGAGGUUGGAAGGGUUUUACCAGCAGUGCGUGUCGGUGUAUUUACAGUGCAUUCGGAAAGUAUUCAGACCCCUUGACGUUUUCCACAUUUUGUUACGUUACAGCCUUAUUCUAAAAUGGGAUUAAAUACAUGUUUUGUCCUCAUCAAUCUACACACAAUACCCCAUAAUGACAAAGCGAAAACAGGUUGUAUGUAUGACGUAAUGUUCACUGUGUGUGUGUGUGUGUGUGUGUGUGUGUGUUUUACCUCAGCUGCGUGACUCCACAGAGAAGUAUGAGGAGUUUUACCGCCAGCGUCUGAGAGUACAGCAGCACCUGGAGCAGAAGCAGCAGCAGAGACAACUCUACCAGCAGAUGCUGCUGGAGGGAGGCGUGCAACACACUGACCAGCCAGCCCCCGGGACAGACACCACGCAGCACAGCCUCACUGAGACGUUCCUCAACAGGUUAGAGAUUGUAAUGUGGACACUGGCCUGUACGCCCACGUGUAUACACACUGACACACACAGCACAGGACUUGAGUUCCUCAAUAGGUCAGUUGUUCACCCAUCACUGCACAGCACAAAGUCUGAAACCAAUAUGACAAACGUGAGGUUGCCUUGCUUUUCUGUGGUUUGAUGAGUUGCCGUUUUGUCUUAAACCUUGUAAUGACUCUCCUCUUGGACUGGUCUAUCUGUGGCAGACCACGUUCUGUCAGAUGUUACAUUGUGUAAUGUAGUUAGUUGUUACUUCAUGUGAUGGAUGGAAUAAUGGUUUGGAAUAAGGGUUGUUGCUAAACAUAUUGUUUAAAUCAAAACUGGCCGAUUUAGAACACACAUACCCCUCCCUGUACAGCCUAUGGCUUCGACCUAACACGAUGCAAUGGAAAGACACGUUAAAUCCAAAAAAUUCAGGACAGUGUUGGUUCAGUAUGAUAAAAAAAUAUGGGAACAUUUUGAAUCUAGUUAAAAUCACAAAUCGGAAAGGACAAAGAAAGGUCCACUAAGGAUGUCAUUAUAAAACCUUAUAAAUAAUGUAGGGGGGGGAAGAAGGAGUCUGGGGGGGAGGGGGUUAGAUAGGGAGAGAUCAAAAGAGAUUUGGCCUUCUGAUGCACAUAGCAGUCUAGAAGGGAGAGCAUUAGUGAUGGGUCGUUCGCGUACAAACGGCUCUUUUUGAACAGAUAUUUUUGGGGAACGUCUGGAACCGAAUCGCAUCUGUGAAAGAGACGUUAAUUUGGCUCCCUGAUUUACCUACUGCUAUUACUGCUUUUUGAGUUCCAAACAACGAUGAUCUGUAGAUAAGUUAUAAAAACAUGUCUGAAGAUGGUUAUUCCUCACUGCAGGAACAGUAGGUAGAGGUGAGAGCCUCAUUCUGGUCCAUGCAAAAUGUUUGCGGUGUGUUAAAAAAAAAAAGGGUCCUUUUGUUUUGCAAGAGAUGUAAUUUCGUCCGGUAAAAUGUAUUUGAACUCACAUAUACAAUCUGACAUAAUAGUAGGCAACCUUUUUAUGCUUACAUUAGAAAUGUGCUAUUUUUCAUGGUUUUUCAUUUUUUUUAAAUGAACUACUAAAAGAUCCAGCUCACAGAAAAUAUUUGGAAUGGCCAUCACUAGAGAGCAUGGCCUGACCCUAUGAUGACAUCUCGACUAUAGAAUCUAGCCUCAGCCUGGAUGGUUCAAAGCCUAGAUGGGAUAGUUGGAGUGUCCUGUUGGACAAGAUGACAACUGCUGACUAAUGCUUAGAGAGACACGCGUUACUUUUUCAGUAACAGGGUCUGAAAGGGGAGGUUGGCUUGUGUGUGUGUGUUGGGGGGGAGGUGCUCAUAGUGGUGGUGUUGCGGGUGGGCGUCUAUGGUUUGGUGCAUAUGAGGUGUGUAUAAUGAUUAAUGAUGGGGUGUAUGGUGGAGCUGAGUGUGGUACCCCAGAUGGAGCAGCAUGUGCCUGGGGGUUGGGUUGGGCGUGGGGGUGGGGGUGGAGGAAGCCACAAGGGACCCAUCAGUUGUCUUUCCCCCCCCCCCCGCAACCACUGGGUACCACACUCAGUCCACCAUGACACAUCAUUAAAUUAUACACACCUUCAUGGCACCAUCAUGGAUCUUUCAGAAAACAUUUUAAAAAUGAAAACAUGAAAAUGCACUUUCUAAUGUAGCAUCAAAGGUGUGCUACUCCCACCGAGGCGACUUAAAUUAGGCUGCCUCGUUGUUUUUAUGAAUGUCUAUGCCCUGAGCCAGCUGCUGCCUGUGGUACCCUGCUGGUAUGUCUCUGGGCAGUUGGCAGACUCCGUGUACAAUCGAAUUAUGGCAGAGCACAAUCGGACCAUAUUUAAUACUAGACACUAUUAAAACUGGCGAUCCUGUCAGAGGUGGCGUCUGGCAUCUUGUCCUGUCUGUUGUAUUACCGUGUGUUUUUUCUACAGGUCUAUUCAAGCUGCAGAGUUGAACGUGGGAUGGAGAGUCUAGGGGAGGAUGUCCAGUCUCUGGCCCAGCAGUGUAAUGGCACGGGCCCCUCUCCCGAGAACAACAACAUCGGUGACCCCGUAGGCUUGACCCCUGACCCCGCCGUGACCCUGACCCCCAAGCAGGGCCAGCCCCAUGGAGGAGGGUUGGUCAGCAGCACCCCACAAUGCACCACAGCGGGUCGGGGGGUACCCCCACUGAACGAAUCCCCCGUAGUCUCCCAGAGGUGAGCUAGGGGUGCGUGUGAGGGGUGUGUGAGUGCGUGUGAUACAAACAAAUAUGUCUGUAUUGCAGAUUUGUUUAUGUUUUUGUCUUUGUGGACAUACACAGAGUAAUGUACUAAUGUGUUGUAUCUGUGUGUGGUCUAGUCCUCAGAAAGUAGCUGGACAGCCUUCCGGAUUAGACCACUCACCAGGAGCCCUAACCCGAAGUAAGGAGGUAGGUUCCUAUCCCCCUCUCUCUCUCUCUCUCUCUCUCACACACACACACACACACACACACACACACACACACACCACACACAGAGUCUGUCUAACCUCCCACUGUAGGCUUAGUAGAACUCUUUAGGAGUGAGAGGCAAUGAGUAUCAGUUCAGUGUACCCACUGAGGUCAUGCACAGUAAUCCUGGAUUAUGCAAUGUGAUGAGUGGAGAUUGAAUCCAUCAGAUUCGAGUUCGAGCAGCAGCGAUAAAGGGUAUUCCAUGUUGGCAUGAGCUGUUGGCUCUAUUUCAGAAUAAUGGCUAGCGUAAGACAUAGAAGAUCAACUCAGAUUAUACUGGUAAUUAUGUUAAACCCAUUGGCCCCUGUAUGUGUGCGGGCAGUUCUGUGUGUAUGAGAGACAUUGUAAGAAGUGUUUCUUCUUAACUCUGCUGACGGGCUAACAAGUAGCUCCCUGGGGCUAGUGGGAUAUCUUCAUUCUCAUCCCGAAUGUUUGUUUUGUGCGUGUGUUGCAGGAGGACAAGCCCAAGGCCCUGUUUGUAGCUGUGAACACCCUGGAGGACACUCAGGCGGUGCGCGCUGUUGCCUUCCACCCCACGGGGGCGCUAUACGCUGUCGGUUCCAACUCUAAGACACUACGCGUGUGUGCCUACCCAGACGCACCGCUGGACACCAGGUAACACACACACAGAGCCUAAUAACUAAUCAUUCCUGAAAUUGUUGAUAUCUACUGUUCAAUUCCUUUGUGAGGUAUUCUGCUGUAAUGAGACUAAGCUUUAUCUCUCUGCUCUCGCGCUCGCUCUCUCUCACUCACCCCUUUUCCUUCCCUCAGUGGGGUGUCAGGUAUGACCAAGCAGCCGGAGGUUCGUUUUAAAAGGAAUAAGCACCAUAAGGGUUCUAUCUACUGUGUGGCCUGGAGUCACUGUGGAAAGCUACUAGCCACCGGCUCCAAUGACAAAUAUGUCAAAGUCUUGCCCUUCAGUGCCGAGACCUGCAAUGCCACAGGUAAACUCAAUACGGAGUUUCAAUUCCAUUAGAAAUCAGUUCGAUUCAAACGUUGGGAAUCUAUUACAUUUAAAUCCACUCUAAACACGGGUUGUUUAAAUCCUUUAAAAUGUAAUUGAUCUCCUGAAAUGACUGAAUUAAAUAGGAAUUUACUCAAUAUACACCUGACAAUGAAAGUUACAGUUCUCUUGAUUUCAGUUCGGUACACACACUCUUUCCGUUUAAGUUUGAGUCUCACACCCCCCCACCCUCUAUCUCUUCUCUAUCUCUGUCUCUCUCUCAGGUCCAGACCUUGAGUUCAGUAUGCAUGAUGGGACCAUCAGAGACCUGGCGUUCAUGGAGGGACCAGAGAGUGGAGGGGCCAUUCUGAUCAGCGCCGGGGCCGGAGACUGUAACAUCUACACCACUGACUGUCAGAGAGGACAGGGCUUACACGCGCUCAGUGGACACACAGGUACACACACGCACACAAACACUAAUUUGCUUCGCAGGACUCAUUCACACACACUCGUGUACUACUUAGUUUAUCAUCGUCAUUCCUAUAUGGAAAAUAAAGGCUUCCAUGUGAGACUGAUGGUCUGUGUGUUUAUCCUCAGGUCAUGUUCUGUCUCUCUAUACGUGGGGAGGGUGGAUGAUAGCGUCAGGCUCUCAGGACAAGACUGUGAGGUUUUGGGACCUGAGAAUACCCACUUGUGUUAGAGUGGUGGGCACUGCCUUCCAUGGAUCAGGUUGGUAUUGCUUCCACACACACACAACAAACAGACACACAUUUAUGGGACCUACUUGUUGGUCUCUCUCCUUUCUAACUCUUUCUCUCUCUCUCUCCCUCUCAGGCAGUCCUGUUGCCUCGGUAGCGGUGGACCCUAGCGGUCGUCUCCUAGCGACGGGACAGGAGGACAGCAGCUGUAUGCUCUAUGACAUCAGAGGAGGACGCGUGGUGCAGACGUACCGGCCCCACUCCAGCGACGUGCGCUCCGUUAGGUUCUCCCCCGAGGCACACUACCUGCUCACUGGUUCCUACGACACCAAGGUCAUGAUCAGCAACCUGCAAGGUAAGUAAGACAUAUAGGGAAGAUCUCAAUUGCAUACUCUUCGCGUCCUCACUCCUCGUUUCCAUCUCAAAACCCAUUGGAGGAGAAGGACAGAGGGGAGGGACCGCUGGCGUUCUCAUCCAAUGGGUUGUGAGAAGGAGACAAAGAGGGCGCGAGGAGUAUGCAAUUGAGAUCUUCCGCUAGUUACUAAAUGGUCUCUAAUGAUGGGUGUGUUGUUCAACUUAUCAAAGCACAAAGAAGCUAAUGAAGUAUUUAUUUGUUUAAGCUGCAAUCAAUGACUUGGACUCACAAGUCCAAGCAUGUGUAUUUGGGCCCUUUGUACUCACAAUAUAUUGAAAUGUGUGUUUGUCCCUGUAGGUGACUUAACGAAGCCAUUGCCCCUGACUCUGGUAGGGGAGCACGGUGACAAGGUGAUCCAGUGCAGGUGGCACACACACGACCUGUCCUUCCUCUCCUCCUCCGCUGACCGUACCGUCACACUCUGGACACACAACACCUAA